AUGUAUAUAGAAACCCUACCACUCGUAGUUUGGACGCUCUUAGUAACAACGACAAAUGUAGCAACGCAAAGCCAAUAUGGAAUAGGCUUAGGAAUAAAACGAGAAGUAUUUUUCUUAAAUUUAGAAGACGGAUACUUCGGCUGCCAAGUUAACGAAUCGACACAAAUAUUACAGUUAUACGAAUUAUCAAAAUUAUGUGACGGUGUGCCCGAUUGUUAUAAAGCAUCCGACGAACUUAGGACAGAACUGAAAUGCACAGAUGACUGUACCAAAGAUGACGGAGCGCGUUGUGAAAAUGGCGCUUGUCUAAACGGUGUGUGUUACUGUAAUGAUGGUUUCGGAGGAUGUAAUUGCCAAGAGGAAGACGUCAAUGAAUGUAAAGACCGGCCUUGUGACGUCUUUGCCCAUUGCACAAACACCGUAGGAAGCUUUCAAUGUUCAUGUUUUCCGGGUUAUGUUGGCGACGGUUUCACAUGCAAAGAUGUAAAUGAGUGUGAAGAUCCAGCAAUAUCAGCGAGAUGUGUUAAAAACGCGGAAUGCUGUAAUUUACCAGCUCAUUUCAUUUGCAAGUGCAACCGUGGCUUUGAAGGAGACGGAGAAGAGGAAUGUCGAGAUAUCGAUGAAUGCAAACGUCCUGGUGCUUGUGGUGUAAACGCAAUUUGUCAAAACUAUCCAGGGAACUACACCUGUGCAUGCAAAGCUGGGUAUACAGGAAAUCCCUUUGACGGAUGCGUUGACGUGGACGAGUGCAGUCUUGACAAAGCGUGCGGCAAGGGUGCUGAGUGUCGUAAUCUGGAGGGUGGCUAUGAGUGCAGUUGUCCACAUGGCCUAGAGGGUGAUCCACGCGUUGACUGUCUCGAUAACAACUUAUGCAGAAGCGACUCAUGCGGGCGCGAUGCACUCUGCGAAAAUCUCCCUGGUGCCCAUCGCUGCGUUUGUCCCCCAGGUUAUGAAGGCAAUCCUGACGUCCAGUGUAUUGACGUGGAUGAGUGUAAGAGUGGCAAGUCUGUCUGCGGCGCCAAUGCAAAGUGCACAAAUACCGUUGGCAGCUUUGUAUGCACAUGUGGGCCUGAGUAUACGGGCGACCCUAACUCACCUGAGGGAUGUCAUGACAUUAAUGAAUGUGAAAUCUUGGAGCAUCCUUGUGGUCUAAGAGCCUUAUGUGAAAACACUGACCCCGGAUACAAUUGUGUGUGUCCACAAGGAUAUGCAGCUAAGCCAGACCCACAAAUUGCUUGUGAACAGGUUGAUGUAAAAACAUUAUGCAAGUCUAAUUUCGAUUGUACUAACAACGCUGAAUGUAAAGAACACCAAUGCUACUGUAAAGUUGGUUUUGAAGCUAAAGGUUCCUAUUGCGUUGACAUUGAUGAGUGUCAAAAUAAAACAGUAUGUGGAAAUAACGCAGUAUGUUUAAACUCACAAGGAAGUUAUAAGUGUGAAUGCGGCGUCGGAUAUAUUGGAUCUCCACCCAAUAUAAUUUGUAGAGCACCUUGUGAUGAUGUUCAAUGUGGCGAACAUUCGUACUGCAAGCCAGAUGGAUCAAAUACUUAUUGCGUUUGCGAAGACGGUUGGACAUUUGAUCCAAGGGACAUAUCCGCAGGCUGUGUUGACAUUAAUGAGUGCGAUUUGUCAAUGGGAAUUACUGGACGUUGUGGUCAAAACGCACACUGCUCUAAUACUUUAGGAAGUUUUAGUUGUAGUUGUCCAGAAGGUUACACUGGGGAUGCUUAUAUUGAAUGUUCCGAUUUGAAUGAAUGCUUAAAUGAAAAUUCGUGUGGUACAGGAGCAAAUUGUAUUAAUAUUGAAGGAUCCUUUAUUUGCGAAUGUCCCGAAGGAACUAUACCAGAUCCUGAACCCAACAUCAGAUGUUCGGAAAUUCUUCUAUGUAAAAUGGACAAAGAUUGUCCCGGAAAUGCCAUAUGCGAUUCAAAUAAGAAGUGUGUCUGUCCGGAACCUAAUAUUGGCAACGAGUGCCGUCAUCCAUGCGAGUCUUUACAAUGUGGAAGCAAUUCAGAAUGUCUUCUGACUGAUCAAACUGCUCAGUGUACAUGCCGCAGUGGAUUUACCGGUAAUCCAUUAUCGGUCAUUGGAUGUCAAGAUAUUAACGAGUGUACUUUUAAUUCAUGUUCAACUGGUGCUGUAUGUAAGAACUUGCCUGGUAGUUUUCAAUGUGAAUGCCCAGGCAACUUUAGUGGCGAUCCUUAUAUAAAUGGAUGUGUUAUCAGUAAAACACCUAGUGGUUGCAGUAAUAUUAAUCCAUGUCCGCUCGGUGAGCAGUGUGUACUACACGAGGGAGAGAAUGUUUGUAUAUGUUCACAAGGUUUUUCUCGAAAUGAGGAAACUGGCCAAUGUGAAGAUAUAAAUGAAUGUAUACUAAAUGGACGGACUCCAUGCGGAUUAAAUGCAUUAUGUAAAAACUUACCUGGAAGCUAUGAAUGUAAAUGUCCACCAGAAUAUAGUGGUAAUCCAUACAAACUAUGUGAAAUAUGUGAUGACAUUAAUUGCCAGUGUUUACCACCAUACAAAGUUGUAGACGGCACUUGUGUCUUAUCCGGCUGUUCAAAUGGCAAAAAAUGUGGUCCAGGAGCAGAAUGUAUUAUAAUUUCUGAUGGAGUUAGCUACUGCGCAUGUCCUGCUGGAUACUCCCAAAGCCCAGACGGCGCUUGUGAAGAUAUCAAUGAGUGCAAUUUUGACCAUCCGGUUUGUGGCUUUGGAGCUGAGUGUGUGAAUACAAUUGGAUCUUUUAGCUGCAAGUGUCCUCCGGGAUAUGGUAAAGAUGAUGUGUCAGGUCAUUGCAGCUUGAACCAAAAGAAGUGUAUAAGCGAUUCAGACUGCUUCCCUAAUGAAAAGUGUGUGCAACCAGGAAAUUGUGUAUGUCCACCCCCAUUUUAUUUAGACGUAACCGAUGGGCAGAAAUGUAAGAGUCCGUGCGAACGAUUUGUUUGUGGAAUAAAUGCUAAAUGCACACCAAGUGAUCCUCCCAAAUGUAUGUGCAUGCCUGGUUUUGAGGGAGAUCCAUAUACUGGUUGUACUAAUAGAAAUGAGUGUCACAGUGCACCGUGCGCUUAUGGUGCUAUAUGUCAUGAUGAAAGAGGUGGAUAUAAGUGUACGUGUCCACAAAAUAUGAUAGGAGAUCCAUACAAAGGGGGAUGUACAACAGAAGCUGGCUCGCUACCUAGACAAUUAUGUAGUAAAAGUAACCAAUGUCCCAAUAACCUCGCUUGUUUGAAUCGUACUUGUUUAUCACCUUGUACAACUGUUGCUUGUGGACCCAACGCUUUCUGUGAAGUCGACAAUCAUGCUGCUUGGUGUCGCUGUAAUCCAGGUUAUACCAAACCAGAAGGAGGAAAAUGUAUUUCCGGUUGUGAUAAUUACGCUUGUGCUUCGGGCGCGCAAUGUAUAAUAUCAAAAAGUGGGCCGACUUGUGUUUGCCCAGAAGGUUUGGUUGGAAAUCCAUUUCCCGGGGGAGUCUGUAAGACAGACACUUGUGGACCAGGUUUAUCUUGUGAUGAGCCCUUAACUUGCGUAUCAGGACGAUGUCGGCAACGAUGUGAGAAUGUUGUUUGUGGAGUGGGCGCCUCCUGUGAUGAAGAGAGUGGUCGCUGUGUUUGCAAUACAUUCUUUGUUGGAAAUCCUGAUCUUCUUUGCAUGCCUCCUGUUAUACCUCCAAAUUGUGAGCCGGGUUGUGGGCAGAAUGCGCAUUGCAUGUAUGGACAAAUAAACACUUGUAAAUGUGACAAAGGUUACACGGGAAAUCCCUAUUUACGGUGUGCAACUCGAAAACAAAUAACUUGUGCUACUACUAAAUGCGGUACAAAUGCAAUUUGCCAGCAAACAAGAUCGCAUGUUGAAUGCUUGUGUCCCCCUGGAUAUAUAGGAAAUCCGAACUUGCAAUGUAUAGAUAUUGAUGAAUGUGGUUCAAGACCAUGCGGUGAAAAUGCUAUUUGUAUUAACACCCCAGGAAGCUACAGUUGUGUAUGCAGAAGCAAAUAUGUUGGUAAUCCAUAUGAAUUGUGUACGCAAAUAACUCUAUCCAAAUGUGUAGAUGGCAGUGGUUGUGCAUGUUCGAGCAAUGUCACAUGCCCUGAUGGAUAUGUUUGUGAAGCAUCUAAAUGUGUAGACAAAUGUCGAUCAAUGACAUGUGGCCCGAAGUCAAUCUGUGAAGGAGGUAAAUGUAUGUGUUUACCUGACUACAUAGGUAAUCCCAACGACCUAAUGCAAGGUUGCACCUUUAACAAAAAGUGCGUUAUAGAUGGAGACUGUCAAGAUUCAGAAAUAUGUUUCCAAAUUGGUAAAAGUAUCCGAAAAUGUGUAGACGCUUGUAGUAAAAUACAAUGUGGACCUAAUUCUUUAUGCUUAACCACUAACCACCAAGCACAUUGUAUUUGUGUAGAGGGUUACGUAGGCAAACCAAGUGAUAUUAAAACCGGAUGUCAUUUGCAACAAAAGGAACCCAAUGAAGUAGAAUGCAAUGUAAACAGUGAUUGUGCACCACCACAGAUUUGCGAUACAGUAGAUGGUACGACAAAAAGAUGUUUAGAUUUAUGUUCAACUGUUGCUUGUAGUGCCAAUGAAAUAUGCAACGUUAUUGAUGACACUGCACGCUGUGAGUGUAAAGAAGGUUUUAUUUGGAAUCCUGUUAGUUCAAAUUGUGAACAACCAACAACACCAAACUGUGGUAAAGAUGACGACUGUGAAGAUAAUAGGUCAUGUCAACGAGAUGUUUUAGGCGUAAAAAAAUGUAUUGAUAACUGCCUGUUAUUUACCUGUCCACAAAACUCAAAGUGUAUAUCUAAAAAUCAUAAGAGUCAAUGUGAAUGUUUAUCAGGAUUUGUAGGUAAUCCAAAUGAUCGCGACGGUUGUCUACCUAUAAAUAAAAACGAAUGUACACAAGAUGUUGAAUGUAAAGAAGAUGAAAUCUGCAAAAAUAUUGGUAACAUAUAUAAGUGCAUACCCGCCUGUCAGGAUGUCCACUGUGGACCAAACGCUGUAUGUAUUACAAAUAAUCAUGACGCCAAAUGUCAAUGCCCAUCAGGUCCUUACACGGGUAAUCCCGACGAUCUAGAUAAAGGAUGUCAAUCAGUACCCUGCAUUUAUAAUAUCGACUGCCUCUCCCACGAGCUUUGCAAUCGGAUGACCCACAAAUGCAUUAAUGUGUGUGAUGAAAAUAGUUGCGGUGAAAAUUCAGUAUGCAUAGCAGAUGAACAUAAGUUUGAAUGCCAAUGCUUAAGUGGUUAUAUACCAGACCCUAUACCGGAAAUAGCUUGUAAGAAGCUAGAUUUAUGUAAUCCAAAUCCUUGUCAUCCUACUGCUUUAUGUGAACCUUUCCAAUUAACUUACAACUGCAAAUGUCCUACUGGAUAUAUUGGAGAUCCUUUAAAAGAAGGUUGUAGGAAGCAAGGCGAGUGUCCAAACGGUGAUACUGAUUGCUUAGCCGACUCUGCUUGUAUUAAUGGCCAGUGUGUAAACCCAUGCGAAGGCGCCUGUGGUCUCAAUUCUAUAUGUAAAGUUGUUGAUAGAAAAGCAGUGUGCUCAUGUCCACAGGGCUAUGAAAAUGCUCAGAAUGAUAAAUACUGUAAGAAAAAAGUUGUAUCAUGCAUAAACAAUUAUGACUGUAAUGGGGAUGUUUGCCACAACGGCCAGUGUUUCACCCCUUGUAAAAAUAUAAGUCAUUGUGACCCUGGUGAGGUAUGUAUAAAAAAUCACUGCAUGAAUCAAUGCACGAACCAUGCGGAAUGUAGUCUUGGACAAGCAUGUGUAGAAGGCAAAUGCUUAAUAGGCUGUAGAGUAAACGAUGAUUGUCCUAAUGAAGAAUCUUGUACGAAUAAUAAAUGUGUGAACCCUUGCCAGGCCAGUAAAGUGUGUGGCCCUAACGCAAUAUGUUCACGAAUAAAUCACAGUACAAUGUGCCAUUGUCCUGUAGGAUUUGAAGGCUCUCCAACACCACAACAAGGGUGUGUUCGUAAACCAGCACCCUGUGUUAAAACCUCGCAAUGUCCUCCAGAUCAUAUGUGCAUUGGAUUUUUCUGCCAAGUACCCUGUCUAAAACAUUCAGAUUGUGCCAUGGGUGAAAUGUGUUAUGAUAAUAAAUGCCAUAAAAUUUGUCAUACCAGUAAUAAUUGCUUACACGGUGAACACUGUAGCGCAGGAGUAUGUAUUUCUGGUUGUAAAAUUAACUCGGACUGCCUCAAUAAUCAACUUUGCAUAUCUAGUGAAUGUAAAUGUGAAGAGGGUUUUGAAUUGAUCAACGGCGAAUGUAAUAACGUAAAUGAAUGCCUAAAUAAUCCUUGUCACCCAUCUGCUCAGUGUAUAGAUUUAAUAGGAACAUAUAAAUGUGUUUGUCCAACUGAAGCUAUUGGGGACCCCCACACUACAGGAUGUUUAUUGCCGAAUCAAUGUAGGCAAAGUAAUCAGUGCGAAGAUUCUUUAGCAUGUGUUAGAGGAAAAUGUUCAAAUCCUUGUCAGAACAAUGUGUGUGGUUUAAAUGCAGUUUGUACUGUUAACAAACACAGAAUGGCAUGUACCUGUGAAAGCGGACAUUUGGGAAAUCCGUUUGACAAGAAAAUUGGAUGCGUUAAAGUUGAAUGUGUUGUUGAUUCUGACUGCUCUGAUAAUAAAUUCUGUAGUCCAAAGACAAAUAAAUGUUCUGAUAAAUGUGAAAAUGGAAUAUGCGAAGGCGGAAAUUGUAAAAUUAUAAAUCAUAAAGCCGUUUGUAUGUGUUCGCCUGGAUUUGAAUUAAUUAAAAGCACUUGCCAAGACAUAGACGAGUGUUUGCAGAACCCAUGUCCUUCUAAUGCUGUUUGUGAAAAUAACGGAGGUUCGUUCACGUGUAAUUGUGUUAAUGGAACUGUAUUUGAAACGGAAACUGGAAGUUGUAAAAGUCCAGGACAGUGUGUAACUGAUGGUGACUGUCCAGAAGAAACAAAAUGUAAUGAUAAUUAUUGUAUUAAUCCCUGCGAUUAUAUUAAAUGUGGUAAGGGUGCUAAAUGUACGGUGACAAAACACGAGCCUAUUUGUCAAUGCGAGCCAGACAGCGAAGGCGAUGCUUAUACAAGCUGUACCAAAUUGCAAUGUACUAAAGACUCAGAUUGUCCGGACAAAGAAGCAUGUAGCAAUAACAAAUGCAUAAACUCUUGUAGUUUGCCACGGGCUUGUGGAAAAAAUGCUAACUGUAUAUCAAGAAGUCAUAUUGGACAAUGUUCUUGUGACCCAGGUUUCACAGGUGAUCCUGUGCUUGGUUGUGCGCCUAUACAGUUUUGUCAAUUUGAUAACAAAAGAUGUCCCGGAGGCACAAAAUGUGUCGACAACGUAUGCCUAGGAUUAUGCACAUCCUCACGAGAUUGUUUUGAUCAGCAACUUUGUAUAGACGGCACGUGUCGACAAACGUGUUAUAAAAAUGAUACGUGUCCAUUAUCAUUUUAUUGUGAUAAAAACAAAAUGUGUACCAAAAGCAUUAAAUGUAUUAAUGACGAAGAUUGUGAAACUGAUGAAAUAUGCUCUGAAACUAAAAAUGGCAUCUCUGAAUGUACUAAGUCGUGUCAUAAUCAGCCAUGCGGGAGGAAUGCAUUUUGCGUUGGUUCAGCUCACAAACCGAUAUGCUCAUGUAAAGAAGGAUUUUUCGGCGACCCGUUGAAAGGAUGUGAUAAAAAAGAAUGUGAUGAAGAUACAGAUUGUUCAGAAGAUAAGACGUGUCAUAACAAUAUGUGUAAAAUUGCGUGUCUUUAUAAGAAUGAAUGUGGAGAUAAUACUAUUUGUUCUUCGGAAAAUCAUAAACACGUUUGCUAUUGUCAGCCCGGUUAUACUGGAAAUCCAAUAUCGGGAUGCGUUGAAAUUAAUUGGUGUGAAGUAAAACCUUGUGCCAUAGGUGCCGAAUGUGUCAGUACAAAAAAUGAAGCAAAAUGCACGUGCCCAAGCGGUACUGUUGGAAACCCUUAUAAUGAGGGAUGUCAUAUCUCUCCUGAAUGCCGAUUCAACAGAGACUGUCCAAGCGAAGCACGUUGUACUAUUAUUGACGGUGUGAGAAAAUGCACAGAUGCUUGUGAGAAUGUAAAAUGUGGACAAAAUGCUGAUUGUGUAGCCACAAGACACUCUGGGCAAUGUAAAUGUAAGAUUGGAUACGAAGGAAAUGCGGCUAAUGGAAAAGGAUGUCAUCUUCGUGAAGUACCUUGUAAAAGUAAUAAGGAAUGUUCCGAUGGUCAAUAUUGCCGCAAAAGUAUUUGCCAAGGAUUAUGUGCAAUUGAUGAAGAAUGCGAUUCAAAUGAAAAAUGCUUCAAUGGGCAGUGCGUUUAUCCAUGUGAACUAGAUAAGACAUGUGGGUUAAAUGCAGUAUGUCAUACAGAAAACCACGUUGUGCAAUGCAGUUGCCCCUUCGGUUUUACUGGGAACCAAGAUGUAGAAUGUGUCAGAAUGCCGAGAUUAUGUGGAGGUGCUGGAGAAUGUGAAGAUGGCUUUGUCUGUAAAGAAUCAACCUGCUUGCCACGAUGUAAUAAAGAAGAGGAAUGUGCUUUGAAUGAACGAUGUUCAGAAGGAACUUGUUUACUAACGUGUCGUUUAGAUAACGACUGUUUUUUGGGACACAUUUGUUUAUCCAAUAGUUGUCGAUAUGGAUGCAGACACGAUGACGAUUGUAGGGAAGAUGAGAUUUGUAGAAACAAUUAUUGCAAAAACCCCUGUGCCAGUGAUGUAAGUCCUUGUGGUCCGAACGCAGUUUGUUCCGUUGUGAAUAGAAAAGCUACAUGUUCAUGUUUAGAUGGGUUAAUAGCAAAUCCUACACCCAAUAUUGGUUGCGUGAGAACUCCGGCUUUGUCUUGUCGAGUACAAGCUGACUGCGCCACAGGCUGGAGAUGUGAAGAAAAUCGUUGUCGACCGAGUUGUAAUUCAGAGAGUUUUGAAUGCUUAGAAGGCGAACGAUGCAAUGCAGGUGUAUGUCGUUAUGCUUGCACUUCGGACGAAAAUUGCUCUGACGAUGAAGUCUGUGACGGUCGCUUUUGUGUUACGGGCUGUAGAUCAGAUUCUGACUGCCUAAGUAACUUUGCUUGUCUGUCCGGGCAAUGCACAGACCCAUGUAAUAAACCAGGAACUUGUGGAGCAAACGCACUUUGUACAGUUGUAGAACAUCGUCCAAUAUGUACUUGUCCACAAAAUUUAAUUGGGGAUCCAAAAUAUGUUUGUAAGAGAAUAGCAACUAACUGUGAAAAUGAUAGUAACUGUCCUGAUGGAUUUAGUUGUUAUGGUGACACCUGCUAUCCAUCUUGUCGAGGAGAUGUCGUUUGUUUGUCUAAUGAAAAAUGUAUAAGAGGAAUAUGCAGGCUUGUUUGUAAUAAUGACGAGGCUUGCAGUGAAGGACAAAUUUGCGAAAAUAGGAUUUGUAGGCAAGGAUGUCGAGAUGACAAUGCUUGCCAGAGUAAUGAGGCUUGUAUAAAAGGAAAAUGUAAAGAUCCCUGCAGUGACAAUGCAGUUUGUGGAAUAUGUGCCGAUUGCAAUGUCUUGAACCAUCGAAUUCAAUGUAGUUGUUCUAGUAAUUACACCGGUAAUCCUCUUGUAGAGUGUAAGAAGAAACCUUUACGAUGUGAUGGUUUUUGCCCCUGUGACGAAAGCGGCUAUUGUAUCAAUCUGUGUGAAAAUAGUUCAAAUUGCUCAUGUGGUGAAAAAUGCGUUAACGGAGGUUGUAGAUCUUUAUGUUCCCAGAAAACAAGAUGUCCCGAGAGACAUGUAUGUUCACAGGGGGCUUGUGUACCCGGAUGUAACUAUAAUAAUGAUUGUGGCGAAGAUAUGGUUUGCUCUGCAAAGCAAUGUGUGACAGUUUGUCGAGAUAAUUCUUGUGGAAAAAAUGCGUUGUGCUUAGCAAACAAGCACCGUGCUUUUUGUAGUUGCCCCAGCGGUUACUCUGGUGACCCAGAAAAGGAAUGUAAAGCUUAUGAAUGUAUUAAAAAUGAAGAUUGUGGUUUAGACGAAGAGUGUACGUCUGCCAAGACAUGCAGAAAUGUGUGUCUCAAUGCUUGUGGUGCUAAUGCGAUUUGCCGCUCAAUUAAUCGAACCCCACAAUGUUCCUGUCCACCAACGUAUCUGGGUAAUCCAAAAGUUGAGUGUUCAAAACCAGCGUCAGGCAGUUGCUUAAAGAACCCAUGUGGUAUCAACGCACGAUGUCGAGAUUUGGAGGAUGGCAGUUAUGAGUGCACAUGUCCACCAGGAUGUGUCGGAAUUCCACAAAGGCAAUGUUUCUGUGGAACUAUGGCCCCUUGUGCGUUUAAAGCUUGCGGUGUCAAUGCACAGUGUCGUAUAGGACAAAGAGGAGAAGCACUAUGUUAUUGUCCUCGUAACUAUCCAAAUGGUGAUCCCAAUAUAGAAUGUGCCCAGGAACGAAGUGUUGUAGAUUGUAGAACUACAGGUUGUGGUAUUAAUGGAGAGUGUUUAAGAGAAGGUGCCGAAUUUGUUUGUCGUUGUAUACCUGGUACAGAGGGACAAGCUGAUAUCGAGUGUCAUACCAGUAUCGAAUGUACGAGUGACAAAGAUUGUUCAGUAGACAAAGCUUGUUUAAGCUUACGUUGUGUGGACCCCUGCACAAUUCGAGGCGCGUGCGGCGAAGAUGCCCUGUGUGUUUCAGUAAUGCACCGAGCUCAGUGCUCUUGCCCACAAUGCUAUAUUGGCCAACCUCGACUGGCCUGUCGCUUGGACUCAACAUGCAAACCUACAGCAGACGCUAACGUUACCUUUACUUGUUCUGAAACAAAAGAAUGUCCAUCUAAAUUAGCUUGUGACUUAACGACAAACCAAUGUAGAAAUCCAUGUUUAAAUUAUCAAAACUGUCGAAGAAAUCAAAAAUGUGAAGUACGAAAUCAUAGGCCUGUUUGUGUUUGUCGUAAUGGGUUCGCUCUUAAUGACAAGGGGGAAUUGACAUGCGCUCCAGAAUAUGCUGAAUGCACGAGAGAUGAACAAUGCCCUUCCAAUGCAGCUUGUCGUGAUACGAAAUGUGUGAAUCCUUGUCUAGCAACCAAACAACCUAUUUGUCCCAAAGGAAAACAGUGUGAUGUAGUAGAACACAAAGCUGUUUGUAUUUGUGUUGAAGAUUGUAAUCCGACAGCUUCUAUAUGUUUGAGAGAUAACGGAUGUCCCCAAAAUCUGGCGUGCAUUAAUUAUCAAUGCAAAGAUCCGUGCAAAGAAGCUUGUGGUGAUGGCCCUUGUUCUGUUGAAGAUCAUCACCCAGUAUGCAAGUUUUGUCCAAGUGGCUUUACUCAUGAUGAAAAACAUGGAUGUAUUAAAGCAUUGUCAUGCGGCGUUCACGAAGAGUGCGCGGCGUCGCUAGCAUGCGUGAAUGGGCGCUGCGUCGAUCCAUGCUCUGGCGGAGGACCUUGCGCCCCUGGCCAUCAUUGCUCAGUUCUUGACCACCAACCCGUCUGCUCCAAGGUUUGUCAAUGUCAGACAACUGCUGACUGCGCCCGAUAUCCUAACACCAAUUGCGACGGCUGCGUUUGCGUACACGGAGAUAAACCUUCUACUAAUUGUGCACAUUGCCGACCCGGAGUAUCCUGUGAUCCAUUUACAGGAGCAUGUCUGGAAAAUGAACGUCCUAUAAAUAUUCCACUAACCGAAAGUACGACAGAAUUUACUGAUAAAACUGAAAAUAACGACAUGACACUUUCAACGACUUUUACUUUUACACUGCCAUCUUAUGAUAUUACCAGUGUCGAAAAUAAUAUUUUGACAAUAACUUCAUCUGAUACUUUAGUAAAUAAUCUUAGUACAUCAUUCGAUAAUAUAGAUGAUACCACUGAACAUGAAAAUAUUAACGUAAACGAUUUCAACCCAGCAACCACUGAAAUUUCUGAUUCUGAAAAGGUUAUUGGUAUACAUACAGAAGCAACUGAUAUUCCUUUCUAUAGUGUUAAUGAAACAGAAAUAUUAUCAGAUUACGAUGAACAGAUACAAAGUAGUAGCACUAUACAUGCAGAGAGCACUAUCAAACCACAGUAUAAAAAAAAUGAUCCACUGGGAUCUAAUAAAAAUACAAAAACUCCAGAGAAUCAGAGAAAUUUGCACAAGAACUAUACAAAUGACCCAAAUAAUUUGCAAACCGUGUCAGUAAAAACUACACCCCCAAUAGAAAAAAUUCUAACAGAAACAACUACAACUGUUAUUUUAGCUAGUCGGGAAGAGGAGAAAAGUUCAACAGAUAAAAUUCAGUCCCCAACAACCUUAUUUAUUGAUCAUACAGAUUCGUCUACUUUUACUGAAAGAGAUGAUAUAACAACAGUAGAAAGUGCUGCUAGCGAAACUGGGAAAGACUCACAAAAUACCCUCAAUCCUACUGAAAAGGAUAAUGCUAUUACUUUUUCUCGGGACUUGGUUUCUGAAGUCAACACAGAAAAUCCUUUAUAUGAAUCUGAAGGAAGAUCUGACUAUUUGUCAACAACAAAUAUUACUACAGAGAUCUAUUUAGAAACUACAGAACCACCUAUUACUAAUAAUGUUGAUGGUACAACUUCCUAUAGUGACAUAAAUGGUUUUACAUUGAUGGAUUCAAUGAGAACUACAAAGUCAUCUGAAAAAACUACAAAAACUACUCAACAUUCUGAAAUUUAUGAUACAACAAAAACAGAACUUUCUGAAAAUAGUAGUAAGGAUUUGAUCAAUCCAAAAAUAGAUUUAGAAGGAACAACUAUUGAUUAUAUUAGUACUAUAAAUUCUUAUAAUUUAAUCACAAAAAAUAUUGUAACGUCCGAGUCAACCAUAGAUGUUCAAAAAGAUUAUAACAUGACCCAUGUUUCAAGAAAUAUGAAUUCUAAUACGACAAGCUUAAAAAGUUCAAAUAAAGUAAAUAUAAAGAAUAAUAAAACUUCCUUAAAUACCAAUCCACCCCUCGACACCCACAUAACUAACAAUUCAGAAGAAAGGUAUACUGCUAUAACUACACCUUCUGAUAUUAGAUAUUUAAACAACGCGCAAGAGUUUCCGAAGGAAUAUGUUACUGAAAAAAGUGUAUUCUCUACACCUUCUUCUACUAAUACAGAUAAAGAGUAUACUACAACUGCACCCCAAUCUGAUUAUACUGCCUCUGAUUCCGAAGAAGUUUACCACAAUACUAAUCACGAUUCUAAGUUGACUGAAGAAGUAAACACACAGAGCAAUGACUACAGUCCUACUGAAUCACUAAAACACUAUUUAGGUUUUGAAACUAACAAAACGGAGAAAGCCCCUGAUUUUACAUCUUCCAACAUAGAUAAAGAUAUGUCAACUACUGAAUUUCCAGAUUUUGAUAAUAAGGAGACUGACAGUGACUUAAUAUUAAUUAAUAAUAAUAAUAUGACGGAUAAAACAACUACAAUGCAGGCAACUGAGCCAAAUGGAAAAAUUGAUACGGAUAUAAAUCUUCAAAUAACAGAAAUAAAUUCCGAUUUUACCACUUCUACAGAGGCGUCUUCACAACAAUAUCUUAGUACUAAUGAAUUAAUUGAUAUUCAAUAUUCUACAAAUAUCGAGAAGAGUGACACAACCACCCACAAAAGUGACGAUAAUUUAGAAGUUACAAAAUACCUCAUACAAGUCGACAGAAAGAUAACAACUGAUGCAAGUAUUAUUUCAUCUAUGACAUCCAACGAUAUAUUUGAAACAAGCACUGAUAAUAUGAAUGAAACGACAAUUAAAAAUUUCCCUAUGAAUGAAAGUAUAAAUAAUGAACAAAUAACAACAGAAAGUUACGAUAGUUCUAAAACAUCUGAUAAACAUGAGGGUUCUAAUAUAUUUAAUACUAAGAUAACCCCACUAACUACCACACCAGAAAUAAAACCUCUACUGCAAGACAAUAUCAAUAAAACACCUUUUGAUAUACAAUCUUCUACAAUUAAUGAAAAAAUUGUAACCAGUACACAAAAUAUUGACGAUGCUAUAAGUUCUAUAGAUAAACUUAUAACAACAUCAACUUCAAUUGAUAAAAUAAUAUCGGACGAAACGACUUCAAAAUCUACUACAUUUUUCGAUAGUUAUGAAACAAGUUCUUACCCAACAGAAAAACAAACAACCACAGUUAUUGAAUCUCAAAUGCAAUAUUUAACGAAAAUAGUUAACAAGGCAACCACCAAUAUUAUGAAUUUAGAGCCAUCUACAUCCGUUAAUAACUUUGAUACGAAUACAUUAAAAAUAGAUAUUCAAGCUUCUACAACAUCUGUGCCAAAAGUACUAGGACAGGGCACAGAAAACAUAAACGAUAAAGAAUUUAUAGACAAAAUUGUAAGUGAUAAUCCCAAUAAUGAAAACGACUUUCGAGAAACGCCAUUUGAAAUAGCCACUAGUAAAAUAUCUACCAACACUUUAGAUAAUACUUUUGAGAAAAAACCUCACACUGUUGAAGAAAACUUGACCACACCCAUCGAAAUGAGUACAGAAAUCUAUGUAGCGACAGAAAAUAGUGAUCUAACUAAACCUAAUAUAAAAUUCCCAACCUCUAACAAAAAUUACAAUCCACAUGAAGAUAAGAUAACAAAUCAAGAAAUACCUAUAACAACCCAAAUACCACAUAAAAUAUUGACUGAAACAUCAAAAACCUUUUUACCUCAGGAAAAAAAUACUGAAACGACUGACUCCCAAUUUAUUACUACCAAUAAGCUAGAUAUGAUUACAAAUGAAUUUGAGGACAGCACCAAUACAUAUACAUUCAUGGCUGAAACCUCAACAGGCGACGAUACUACUUUAACUACCGAUACAAAUCCUUUACACGAGUCUAGAACAAAUAGUAUACUUGAGAUAAAUGAUAACAAUGUCUUAAAUUCGGUUCAUACUAAAUCACCAAUCAAACAUACUAAUAUGGAAUAUGAAAACGACUUAACCACCUCAGAUUUUAAAUCUUCUACGUCUGGGGAUUUAUUUGAUAUGAAUACAUACGAUAUAGAAAAACUUACUUCCGAAACUACAACUGAUUCUAAAUCUGAAAUAAUGUAUCAUUCAUCACAAAAUUAUGAUAACACUGUUAAAAAUGUUGAAUCUACAACAUUAAGUAAUCGUUUUCAUACAGAUUCUCUUAGCACAGAACGUGACCUUAUUACUACUAAAAGUACAUUAACAUUUUUGACGCAAAAAGGUGACAAUUAUUUAUCUAAUCAUGAAAAUCCAUCUACAACUGUUGAAAGUAAUGAGGUUGAGACAAGCACUGAUAAUAUUGAAUCAAGUGUUAGUGCAAGUACAAUUACAAUCAAACAACCAGAUUUUCAACAUAAAACCGACGGAAUAGUUACAAACUCUUACUUUUCUAUAGAAGAAAAUACUUCAAAUACAAAAGUAAUUACUGAUGGUGCUAAUACACGUUUUACAACUUUAAAUAAUCAAUUUAUUACAAAUAUGUUAAAUACAGAAAAAUAUUUAGAUUCAACUAAACCAACAACAGUAUUGUCCCACGAAAAAGAUAUUGAAUUAUCAAAUGACACGUUAACUUAUACAAGUAGCACUGAAAUGGAAACGAACGAACAUGGUGACAUUACAUCGGUAUCCAAUACUACACCAAAAUAUCUUCAGGAAAAUUAUAGCACAUUAACAAUUCUUGAUACUGCAACACCAUUCGAUACAACUAAUGAUAUAUUUGAAACAAAUGCGUAUUCUGUAAAUAAACAAUCAACUGACACUAAAAUAAUUGAUGAAAGGACUGAAAGUUAUAAUGCAAUAACUUCUAAUGCUAUCGAUCUAAGUUCAACAACAAUAGGAGAAAAUUUAGAAACCAAUGUGGAAAGCCUUAACACCACAAAUUGGUUUUAUUCACAAACAAAGACCACUCAGCCGGAUUUCGACCUCAAUGCACCACAAUCAACAAUGGUUAGCAAUAAAAAUGGAACGACUGCACCCACAACUAAAGAUUACGUUAAUUUAACAACAUUAAAUAAAAAUGUUUUAAUGAAUAAUAUGAGCACGACUAAAAAUCCAGAACUUUCUAUCCCUAUAACUACAUCUAAUGACGAAGCUAAGUAUUUAACCUCGGAAACUUCCGAACCCAUUACCAGUAGUCCGAAUGAUAUUAUAUUGGUAACUUUAGACAAUAAUUAUCAGUCUAAUAUUUAUACUACUGACGAAAAUGAUUUAACCAAUGAAAUAACUACAAAACGGUAUAAUAUUGAAGAUGUUGUCAGCACAACAAAAUUUUACGGUGAAAGUAAGUCAGUAAACGAAAAUAUCAAAAUUACAACACAAUCUGAUGCAUCUGUACCUACUUUUAGUACGAUGAUCGAAGACUCAAUUAGCUCUUCGACAUCGGCUGCCGAAGUAACGUAUUCCACCUCAAAAAGUAACAGUCAAAUCAAACCUAAUAUAUACUACAAUUCGGAUAAAUUAAAUACAGAAAAGAACAAUGAUGCAACUACAACACAAAUUUCUACUUUGGAAAACAAUAUAGUAUAUACAAAUAAUCCUUAUUUAAGAGAGGAAACGCAAACAAUUUAUUUGAAUGACAACAAUGAUAUGGAAAAUAGAGUUACGAUGAUGCCAGAAAAUAUUAAAUCAACAACGCAAUCUGAUGACAGCAACUUAACAACCCCAAACAUAAACAAGAAAGUUGUUACAGGAGAUACUGAAUUAUCAUUUAAACAAAACGCAACCAAUUCUGAAUCCGUUUCUAUAACAGAGCAAACUCAAAAUAGCCAAACAAUUCAAUUUGAAACAGUUAAAACAACUGAUUUACCAACUUCUACAUUCGUUAUGGAUGAGUAUGAAUCUAAUACCAACACCGUUUUCCCUCAUAACGAGAAACACAAUUUUACAAACAUUCCCUAUCAAACAAGUACUUCUUUAGAUAAUUUAUCCUCUAGAAGAAAAGACGUAGAUAUUUCUGCUUGGACUGAUUCAACUCCCUACUUCGACUUGACUUCAACAGACACGACAACAUAUAAUACAGACAUUCUUACUAAAACACAUUGUAACUUUAACGAACACUGUCCACUGAACAAAACCUGUCUUAACGGAGAGUGCCAGGACCCAUGCGAAGUGCAAAAUCCAUGUACAAAGAACGCUUCCUGUAUAAUUAUCAACCGUGACGCGGUUUGCGUAUGCUUAGAUGCCGCUGACGAAAAUUGUAAAAAAGAAUCACCUGGAACACCAAAGGCACCAGAACCCUGUCAUUCUGAUCGGGAUUGUAUAGACACCGAAGCCUGUUUUAUGGGAAUGUGUCAGAACCCUUGUGAAUUCGACAAUGUGUGUGGCAUUGCAGCCAAUUGUCAUCCGGUCAAACAAAGACCAAUGUGUUCAUGUCCAGCUGGAUACGUCGGGGACCCAGCAAUUAAAUGUGCACCUCAGCAGUCUGGUUGUACUCGCAAUGAAGAUUGUCAAUUGACUGAAGCUUGUAUAAAUAAUGCAUGUCAACAUCCGUGUGCAAUACACAACCCAUGUGCACAAAACGCCGUUUGUAUAAACACGAAUCACGGGUCGGAUUGCAGUUGUGCCGAAGGAUAUCAAGGAAACGGAUAUGUAGGCUGCGUGCCAGUAAGCGACUCCCGUUCCGUAUGUCAGUACAAUGAAGACUGCCCUCCAGAACUCUUAUGCGACAGAUUGAACAGAAUUUGUAUUAAUCCUUGUUCUAUAAAUAAAUGUGGAGAUAAUGCAGAAUGCUUUCCAUCAAAUCAUGGAAUACAAUGCCAGUGCUUCGCCGGUUAUACUGGAAAUGCGUUCUUAGAAUGUUACCAAGUUCAAGGGUGCCGCUCAGAUAACGAAUGUCAUAACUCUGAAGCUUGUAUUAAUGGAAAAUGUGAAUCACCUUGCAAAUGUGGCAUUAACGCCGUAUGCGAUGUUAUAAAUCACGAGGCUUCAUGUAAAUGUUUAUCAGGUUACAAUGGUAAUCCUUUAACAAGUUGUGAACCCCCUUCAAACCCAUGCAUACCAAACCCGUGUGGCCAGAAUGCUCUAUGUGAAAUUGAUAAUAACAACCCUAUUUGCUUCUGUCCAAAGGGGUUAACUGGCAAUCCAUUCAAAAUUUGCAUUCCUGAAGGCAACGAAUGCAGUCCAAAUCCUUGUGGACCUUUUACCGGAUGUCGAAUUAUUAAUAAUAAACCUGCUUGUUUCUGUUUACCUAAUUAUGAAGGAAAUCCCCCACAGCAGCCUUGCAAACUACCUAAUAAUCCAUGUCAACCAUCUCCUUGUGGACCCAACACACAAUGUACAAUAUUAUCCAAUGGCUUCGCAAAAUGUACUUGUUUACAAGGAUUUGUUGAAAGUCCAAAUACAGUACGUGGUUGCGUGGAAGUGCGUAAUCCAUGUGAACCUAACCCAUGUGGUAUAGGAGCUCGAUGUGAUCCUAAUAGAACGCCGUCUUGUUAUUGUCCAGAAAACAUGAAAGGUAAUCCUUUCAGAUUAUGCGAACAUCACACAUAUUUACCUCCGCCUGUGUUAUGUCAACCAGGUAACUGUGGGGAAAAUGCAGACUGUUAUGUGAGUAGCAACAGAGAAAUGUGUUUCUGUAGAGUUGGUUUUGGGGGUGAUCCUUACGUUGGAUGUCAACCCCAGCGAAGUCCAUGUGAACCAAGCCCAUGCGGUCCACAGGCAGUGUGCCAGAUAAAUUACGAUCGUCAAGCUUUAUGCACUUGUCAAGAGGGCAGUACCGGUGAUCCUUAUAGCCUUGAGGGAUGUCAUUCCAGAGAAUGUGAAAUAGAUGAUGAAUGCCCUGUAGACAAAGCUUGCAUUGGGUACAUUUGUCGCAACCCUUGUCCUGGUGUUUGUGGAUUAAAUGCGAAAUGUCAUGUUGAAGCACAUCAUCCUGUUUGUGUUUGUGAAGAUGGAUUUAUAGGGAAUCCUUUACUUUGUUGUUUACCACCAGAAGAGCUAAAGAGCAAUAGACCAUGUAAUAAGGUACAAUGUGGUGUAAACGCAAUUUGUCAAGAUGUUGGCGAACAGGCCAUCUGCACUUGUCCUCCUGAUUUUAAUGGAGAUCCUACAAUCGAAUGUAAACCAGAAUGUCUCAUGAACUCUGAAUGUGCACCAAAUGAGGCUUGCAUUAAUCGAAAAUGUGCAGAUCCUUGUCUACAAAAUAACGUGUGCGGAAUAAAUGCUGUUUGUUUAUGUUCGGAUCAUACAGUAUCUUGUAUAUGCCCCGAUGGUUACAUGGGUGACCCUCAAAUUCAAUGUAUUUACAGACCUAUAAUUAUCGACUCGGACAAUUCGACUCUACAACCAUGCGCACCAAGCCCUUGUGAUCCAAAUUCACAAUGUGAAGCUUAUGGAAACAGUUUUGCUAUUUGUAAUAUUUGUAGUGCUCCCAAUGCAAUCAAUAACCCCGCAUGUCGACCUGAAUGUGUUUUAAAUUCAGACUGUUCUUUUGACAAAUUCUGCUUGAAAAAUAAAUGCGUUGAUCCUUGUUCUGGAUCUUGUGGAUUAAAUACAGAUUGUUUCGUCUAUCAUCACGACCCAAUUUGUCAAUGCAAAAAUGGUUUCGAAGGCAAUCCUUAUGAACAAUGCAAACUUGCUGUGCAACCAAUACCUUCAGAGACCUGUGACAACAUUAAAUGUGGUUCUAAUGCAGUGUGUCGAGAAUCAAACAAUGUUUUUACUUGUCAAUGUGCACCUGGUUUUUCUGGAAAUCCCUAUUUAUCGUGUAAACCAGAAUGUGUAUUAAACAGUGACUGUGCCUCUAAACUAGCCUGCAUAAAUAACAAAUGCGAAAAUCCUUGCAAGGACGUUUGUGGCUUAGGUGCAUUAUGUGAUACGAUAAACCACCAUGCUGUGUGUUACUGUCCUCCUGGUCAAACAGGCGAUCCGUAUAUAAGAUGUCAAAAUAAUCCUCAAAAUCCACCUACAUUAUCUUUAUGCGAUCCAUCUCCUUGUGGACCAUUUAGUCGUUGCCUCUUGUCAGCAUCGGGACAAGCCUUAUGCUCUUGUUUACCAGGUUUUAAAGGUGUUCCUCCAAUGUGUCAACCAAAAUGUGUCAGUAACGCAGACUGUCCCCAAAGUGAAACAUGUGUCAAUCAAAUAUGUGUAAAUCCUUGUCUUGGCAGUUGUGGGGUCGGUGCCAACUGCAUCGUCGUUAAUCACAACCCCAUCUGCAGUUGUAAAUCAGGAGAAACUGGAGAUCCCUUCGUAGUAUGUACAGCUUUUGUGGAUCAUCCCCUGGAUGAAAACAAUCCUUGUAUCCCGUCACCCUGUGGACCAAAUUCGGUGUGUGAAAUUAAAUCUAAUCAUCCGGUCUGUUCAUGUCAACCGAAUUAUUCCGGCUCACCGCCUUAUUGUAGACCAGAGUGCAUUAUAAGUCAAGAGUGUCCAUCAAAUAAAGCUUGUAUUAAUGAUAAAUGUUUGGACCCAUGCAUAGGCGCUUGUGGAAAUAAUGCCAUUUGUAAUGUUGUAAACCAUACACCCCUGUGUAGUUGUGAAGAGGGAUACAAAGGUGAUGCAUUUAUAGGAUGUAUGGCAAUACCCAAAAACGAAUCUAUAAAUGUAUGCAACCCAUCCCCUUGUGGAGAAAACACCAUUUGCACAGUGAUCAACAAUGCUGCACGAUGUUCCUGUAUUCCUCCAAACAUAGGAAAUCCUUAUGCCGGAGGUUGUAGGCCUGAGUGUGUAGUAAAUUCAGACUGUCCAAAUCACUUAUCUUGUUUAUCUAACCAUUGCCGAGAUCCGUGCAAAGAUCUAUGUGGUGUUAACGCUGAAUGCGUUGUCACAAACCAUGUUCCUGUUUGUAAGUGCUUCAGUGGAUAUGAAGGCGAUCCUUUCUCAUCUUGCCGACUCAAACAAACUCCUCCAUCACGCAACGAUCCUUGUGAUCCAUCGCCUUGUGGCCCUAAUAGCAAUUGUCACGUUGUAAGCGAUCGCGCUACCUGUUCUUGUCGAGAAGGUUACCGGGGUGCUCCACCAGCUUGUCGCCCGGAAUGCUCGGUUAAUUCUGAUUGUUCACCGAAUAAAGCCUGCAUCAAUCAGAAAUGUAAAGACCCGUGCACCCAUAGCUGCGGUCUGGAUGCCCUCUGCCAUGUAGUUGGUCAUAAUCCCAUUUGCGUUUGCCCAGACAAUUAUCCUGAAGGAGAUCCUUUUAUAAGAUGCUACAAAAAAAGUAUUACACUGCCAGCGCCCAAUCCCUGCUUGCCUUCUCCUUGCGGGCCUCAUUCAACUUGUAAGAACGAAGUUGGACGAGCUGUAUGCGCGUGCGAGCCGGGCACUUUAGGUGCUCCACCAACCUGUCGCCCACAGUGCCUAAUAAAUCAGGAUUGUCCUCUAGCUCUAGCCUGCUUAAGCGGAACUUGUGUAAAUCCUUGCGUUGGAUCUUGUGGCUUUAAUGCUCGAUGUGUUGUUCAAAAUCAUCAACCUAUUUGUUCUUGUGACGAGGGCUACACUGGCGAUCCAUUUUCGGGCUGCAAUCCACAUGAAAUUUCUAGAGAUGAUUCCCAAAGACCUUGCAAUCCAUCUCCUUGCGGACCUAAUGCCGUCUGUAAGGACAGAAACGGUUUUAUUUCUUGUGCUUGUAUAAAAAAUUUCCAUGGAGAUCCUUAUCAAGGAUGUAGACCAGAGUGUGUUAUGAAUACAGAUUGUUCUAGGGAUAAAACCUGUUUCAAUAACAAAUGUAUAGAUCCAUGUAUGGGUACUUGCGGAAUAAAUACAGAGUGUAGAGUUACGAAUCAUGCACCGUCAUGUUUUUGCUUACAAGGAUAUACUGGAAACCCACUUCAUGCAUGUUCACCUAUAAUAACUUCUUCGGAACCAAUCGACCCCUGCCACCCUUCACCAUGUGGCCCUUACAGUAAAUGUCGUACGUUUAAUAAUCACGCGGUCUGUACCUGCCUCGAUAUAUGUGUCGGUUCUCCGCCAAAUUGUCGACCUGAGUGUAUUGUUAGCACUGACUGCCGAUCUAACAAAGCAUGCAUAAACAAUAAGUGUCAGGACCCUUGUCCUGGUACAUGCGGAAUUAACGCCCAAUGCCAGGUUAUAAAUCACAACCCUAUUUGCAGUUGUUCUAGUGAUUAUACAGGAGACCCUUUUGUUAGGUGUAUUUUGGAAGACAUGCCAACCCCAAUAAAUAAUUGUUUACCCAACCCUUGCGGACCUCAUUCACAGUGCAAUGAUAAAAAUGGAGUGCCAGUUUGUUCUUGUCUUAAUAAUUAUGUUGGCCGCCCUCCCAACUGUAGACCGGAAUGUAGUAUGAACUUUGAAUGUCCAGGAAAUUUGGCUUGUAUUGCUGAAAAAUGUAUGGACCCAUGUCCGGGUUCCUGCGGUUUUCAUACGUUAUGUACCGUAGUAAAACAUAUUCCAAUAUGUACUUGUGAGAGUGGAUACACUGGCGAUCCUUUCUCAGGGUGUUCAUUGAUUCUUAACAUUGAGCCACAAGUAGAAAAUCCGUGCUCUCGGUCGCCUUGUGGGAUAAACGCGAUAUGCAAAGAAAGACAUGGUAUUGGUUCAUGUUCAUGUCUCCCAGACUAUUAUGGCGAUCCAAAUAUCGAAUGUAGGCCAGAAUGUGUGCUUAAUUCAGAUUGUCCUAAAGAAAAAGCUUGUGUAAACAAUAAGUGUAAAGAUCCAUGUCCCGGAGUCUGUGGCAUGAACGCUGAAUGUCGCGUGCAUAAUCAUGCCCCAUCUUGUGCUUGCGCACCAGAAUACGAGGGAAAUCCAUUUACCGCUUGCCACAAAAGUGUAGUUGAAACUAAAACAGAUCCAUGUUUACCCUCACCUUGUGGACCCUAUAGCCUUUGUCGCUCUAGUAAUGGUCAUGCUAUUUGUUCAUGCCAAGAAAAUUAUUUUGGCUCACCUCCCAAUUGCCGUCCUGAGUGUAUGGUCAGCAGCGAUUGUAUGCCAAGUAUGGCUUGCAUUAAUUCUAAAUGUGUAGAUCCAUGCAUUGGUGUCUGUGGCAAUAAAGCUCAAUGCACUGUUGUAAACCAUAAUGCCUUAUGUAGCUGUCCUACAAAUUAUGUUGGUGAUCCAUUUGUUAAUUGCGUUUAUAAUAAAAAACCAGAAACGAGGCCAUCAGUUAACACAUGUAUACCAAAUCCUUGUGGACCUAAUUCACAAUGCCGCAUUGUAGGCGAGACUCCAGCUUGUUCAUGCAAAGCUGGUUAUAUUGGUCGUGCACCAAAUUGUCGACCAGAAUGUAUUUACGAUGAAGAUUGUUCCAGUAACUUGGCUUGUAUUCGAGAAAAGUGUAUGAGCCCUUGUGAUGGCUCCUGUGGCUCAAAUGCUAAUUGUGUAGUAAUUUCGCACAAAGCAGUUUGUCACUGUCGUGAAAGUUAUACUGGGGAUCCGUUUAGCGGUUGCUAUUUUAUUGUGACUGUACCGAGUGAAGAAGAAAUAAAUCCAUGCACAUUAUCGCCUUGUGGUCCUAAUGCGAAAUGCACAGAAAGAAAUAAUGCUGGAGCUUGUACUUGCUUACCAGGAUAUUUUGGCGAUCCAUAUCUAGGCUGCCGCCCUGAAUGCGUAACGAAUAAUGAUUGUGAUAUAAAUAAAUCUUGUUCAAAUAACAAAUGUGUUGAUCCUUGCCAAGGAGCAUGUGGAAUUAAUUCAUUAUGCAGUGUGUCACAUCAUACUCCAAUUUGUCACUGCAUUGAAGGAUAUGAAGGAAAUCCUAUGGUUUCUUGUCAUCCUCAAAGAAAACCCAUACAACAUGAUAUUAAUCCGUGUGUACCAUCACCAUGUGGACCUUUUAGCCAAUGUAAAGAAGUAGAAGGACAUGGAGUAUGCUCUUGCGAGGAGGGAUAUGUUGGUAGUCCACCAACAUGUAGGCCAGAAUGUAUUAUAAGUUCGGAUUGUCCCCAACAUGAAGCUUGUAUAAAACAAAAAUGCAAAAAUCCAUGUCCCGGUACAUGUGGUCUCAACGCACGUUGCCAAGUUAUAAACCAUAAUCCAAUAUGUACCUGCAAAGCAGGCUUUACUGGUGAUCCAUUCGUUGCGUGCCAAUUAGAACAAAAAUCUAUCUUUACUGGACCUAAAGGGAACCCAUGCAUACCUUCACCAUGUGGUCCACAUUCUCAGUGUAAAGUAGUUGGAGAAGCGCCUGCAUGUUCAUGCUUGCCAAAUUAUAUCGGUAUCGCUCCUAAUUGUCGACCCGAAUGUUCUAUCAAUGCGGAAUGUCCGGGUAAUCUUGCAUGUCAGCAUGAAAAAUGUGUAGACCCUUGCCCAGGCUCUUGUGGUUUUAACGCCGAGUGUUCUGUGGCACAUCAUGUAGCGUUGUGCAACUGUUUACCAGGUUAUACUGGUGAUCCGUUUAGUGGAUGUUCGUUUAUUGAGUACGUUUCAGAACCACCGCCGAACCCAUGUCACCCUUCACCAUGUGGAGCAAACGCACAGUGUAAAGAACGUAAUGGAGUGGGUUCCUGUUCCUGCUUACCAGAAUAUUUCGGAGAUCCAUAUACUGGUUGUCGUCCUGAAUGUGUAUCAAAUUCAGAUUGCGACCGCAAUAAGGCAUGUUCAAACAACAGAUGUAAGGACCCCUGUCCAGGAGCCUGUGGAAUAAAUGCAGAGUGUCGGACUGUUAAUCACUCCCCAACAUGUACUUGUCUUUCUGAAUAUACUGGAAAUCCACUUAUAAAAUGUGAACUAGAAACUAUUCAACCAGGAAAAGAUGUCCAACUAGACCCUUGUCAACCGUCUCCAUGCGGCCCGAACAGUUUAUGCCGAGCAGUUAAUGGUCACAGUGUCUGUACGUGUCAAGUUGGAUAUAUAGGAACGCCACCAACGUGUAAACCAGAGUGCAUUGUUAGUUCUGAAUGCGCGCAAGAUAAAGCUUGUGUUAAUAAAAAAUGCGUUGAUCCGUGUCCAAACACCUGUGGCCUUAAUGCUAGAUGUCAAGUAGUGACUCACAAUCCCAUUUGUAGCUGUACAUCUGGUUUUACGGGUGAUCCUUUCACAAAAUGUAUUCCUGAAGAGAGAACUGCACCAGCUAAUCCAUGUGUCCCGUCUCCUUGUGGGCCAAAUUCAGAAUGUCGUGUGAUUGGAGAUCAAGCUGCGUGCUCUUGCUUACCAAACUAUAUUGGUAGAGUACCUAAUUGCAGACCUGAGUGCACUCUUGAUGCAGAAUGUCCGAGUAAUACUGCUUGCAUCAAUGAACGCUGCAAAAAUCCAUGCCUAGGAGCAUGCGGAUUAAAUGCAAUUUGUUUAACAGUCAAUCAUAAGCCAAUGUGUACGUGUCAACAAGGUUUUACUGGAGACGCUUCUAAGAGCUGCACUCAAAUUUUGAUAUCCUCAACUGAAAUGACUCCAACGUCGAGUCCAUGUACUCCAUCACCAUGUGGCCCGAAUGCUGAAUGCAGGGAAUACAAUGGCGCAGGAGCUUGUUUCUGCUCCGAAGGCUACGAAGGUGAUCCAUACAAUAAUCAAGGUUGCCGAAGGGAAUGUGAAAAUAAUGAUGACUGUGCAUAUAACUUGGCUUGCACGCGAUUUAAAUGUAUCGACCCUUGUCCUAAAACAUGUGGACAAUUAGCUCAAUGCGUAGUAGAAAAACAUGUUCCUGUUUGUUCAUGUCCUAUUGGAUAUACAGGGGAUCCGUUUUUCCAGUGCAGAGAAAUACUUUUAGAACCUAUUCCAGUAGGAAAUCCGUGCGAACCUACUCCUUGUGGACCUAAUAGUCAAUGUAGACAAGUUAACAUGCAGGCAGUUUGUUCAUGUCUUCCAAACUACGUAGGAUCUCCGCCAUCUUGUAGACCUGAAUGCAUUGUUAAUAGUGAAUGUGAUACCUCUAAAGCAUGUAUUAAUCAAAAAUGCGAUGAUCCUUGUCCAAACACUUGCGGCCUGAGAGCUCAUUGUCUAGUAAAGAGUCAUAAUCCAAUAUGUACCUGUCCAAUUGGAAUGACAGGAGAUCCCUUUACACAAUGUUAUACAAUUCCACCAACUACUGAGCGCCCACCUUCUUGUAGUCCAUCGCCCUGUGGACCACAUUCUCGUUGCCAACUAUUAGCAAGUGGACCAGCAUGUUCAUGUUUACCCGGUUAUAUUGGUUCUCCACCAAGCUGCCGUCCUGAAUGUACUAUUAAUUCUGAAUGUCCAGCCUCACUUGCUUGUGUCCGACAAAAGUGUGAAGAUCCCUGUCCUGGUUCAUGCGGCAUUGAGGCUAAUUGCCACGUAUUGAAUCAUGUUGCCGUUUGUGUCUGCAAUGAAGGUUUUACUGGAGAUCCUUUCUUAAGAUGUUUACCAAGCAGUGAAGCGCCUACCACACCAACUCCAACAGACCCUUGUACACCGUCUCCAUGUGGACCAAAUGCUCAAUGUAAUAAUGGCUUUUGUACUUGUUUACCUGACUACAGAGGUAAUCCUUACGAAUCCUGUAGACCUGAAUGUACUGGAAGUCAGGAAUGUCCCAGAGAUAAAGCUUGUUUUAGAAACAAAUGUCAAGAUCCCUGUCCAGGUGUAUGUGGCCAAAACGCGAAGUGUGAUGUCAUAAACCAUAUACCUAGUUGUUCAUGUAUAUCAGAUUAUACUGGUAAUCCAUUUACACAUUGCCAACCAAUAGAAAAGGUUGCAACGCCUUUAGAACCUUGCCACCCAUCACCUUGUGGACCAAAUAGUAUUUGUAAAACAGUCGACAACGCUGCUGUUUGUGCGUGUCUUGAGGGCUUUCAAGGUGCUCCCCCGGCUUGUAGACCAGAAUGUAUCGUUAGUUCGGAAUGUCCUUCCACAAAAGCUUGUGUAAAUCGUAAAUGUAUCAACCCUUGUAUAAACUCCUGUGGCAUAUCAGCUCGAUGUGAAGUCAUAAAUCAUAGCCCAAUCUGUAGUUGUAGUCCACUUCAGACAGGAGAUCCUUUUAAGAGCUGUCACGAUGUUGUGUCUCGAGUACCAGAAUCUACGGAUGCUUGUAAUCCUUCCCCUUGCGGCCCAAACGCACAGUGUAUGGAAAGAAAUGGAAAAGCUAAUUGUAGAUGUGAAGAAGACUAUGUUGGUCAACCACCAAACUGUAGACCAGAAUGCGUCAUAAACCCAGAUUGCCCAUCUAACCAAGCUUGUGUUAGAAAUAAAUGUAUAGAUCCUUGUCCAGGAUCUUGUGGUAUUAAUGCUGACUGUAUCAUUGUUAGUCAUACAGUAUCCUGUAUUUGCAAAGAAAAAUAUACUGGAAAUCCAUUCGUACAAUGUAUUUUACUAGAAGAGAAUGUUAUGAAACCUUGUGAUCCAUCACCGUGUGGAGCUAAUGCAGUUUGCACUCAAAGAGAUGGCGCUGGUGCUUGCUCAUGUUUAGAGGGAUAUCAAGGAAAUCCUUAUGAAAGCUGCCGUCCUGAAUGUGUUCUAAGUUCCGAUUGUUCAGCCGAUAAAGCUUGUAUAAGAAAUAAAUGUGCAGAUCCUUGUCCAGGAAUUUGUGGAACUUUUGCCGAAUGUACAGUUGUAAACCAUGUCCCAACAUGUGCUUGUGUCAAAGGCUAUUCAGGAAAUCCAUUUGUGCAAUGUACUAAAAAUGAACCAGUCCAAAACAUCAGACCAUGCCAACCAUCCCCUUGCGGACCCAAUAGUAUAUGCAGAGAAAAUGGCGAACUAGCAUCUUGUGAAUGUCUUCCAGAUUAUAGAGGGGCCCCACCUGAUUGUCGCCCUGAAUGUACUGUUAGUAGUGAAUGUCCAUCUGAUCGCGCUUGCCAUAAAUUAAAAUGUGCUGAUCCUUGCAGAGGCACUUGUGGCUUAGGAGCUCACUGUCAAGUUAUAAAUCAUAGUCCAUUGUGUAGUUGUCCGGCUGGUACAACUGGAGAUCCAUUUAGUUCCUGUCGAGAAAUACAAUUUUCAGUUAUAGAAAAACCAUUAGAACCAUGUCAACCAAACCCCUGUGGACCGUACGGUGAAUGUCGAGCUGUCAAUGGCAAUCCAUCUUGUAGCUGUAUCACGGGUUACGUGGGUGCUCCGCCGAACUGUAGACCAGAAUGUCUUGUGAAUACAGAUUGUCCGUCGCAACAAGCAUGUAUAGCAGAAAAAUGUCGAAAUCCUUGUGAAGGGUCCUGUGGUUUUAAAGCAGAGUGCAGAGUUCAAAACCAUAUUCCUAUAUGUAGCUGCCCUACAAGCUUUUCUGGAGACCCAUUCAUACAGUGCACAAAAGUAAUAGAAACACCAAAGGUUGAAUCUGAUCCAUGCAACCCAUCACCGUGUGGUAGUAACGCUCUAUGUGAUGGAGGAUCUUGUUCAUGUGCGCCCGGGUACUUUGGCGAUCCUUACACAGGCUGUCGAUUAGAAUGUACUACAAACGGAGAAUGUGCACCUACUCGUGCUUGUCAAGGCGGAAAGUGUGUUGACCCAUGCCCUGGAGCCUGUGGUACAGGAGCAGUAUGCUCUGUUAAUAAUCAUGUACCAUCGUGCACUUGUCCUCCUCAUACUUCAGGAGAUCCAUUCGCAUUUUGUUCAGAAAUAAUUAGACAAGAACCUGUAUCACCAUGUAGUCCCUCACCGUGUGGUCCUCAUAGCGAGUGUGCUGUGAGCUCCAAUGGUGCAGCGGCUUGUUCCUGUCGUUCAGGACACAUUGGAUCUCCUCCGUCAUGUCGACCUGAAUGUCUUGUAAGCUCCGAGUGUAAACUACAACUCGCAUGUAUCGAUAGAAAAUGCCGAGAUCCGUGUGAAGGCGCGUGCGGUCGUGGAGCUCGAUGCCAAGUUAUAGCCCAUUCUCCUAUUUGCACUUGUAAUGACGAUUUUACUGGAGAUCCAUUCACUUAUUGCUAUCCAGCUCCGGUUCAAGCAGAUGUUGUGGUAGAUCCUUGUCAACCAUCUCCGUGUGGACCUAAUUCAAUUUGUGUAAAAACUGGAGAUACACCAGCUUGUUCAUGUCAACCCGGUUUCAUUGGAGCUCCACCAAAUUGCCGACCUGAAUGUACGAUCAGUGCGGAGUGCCCGGCAACGCUUGCUUGUAUAUCUCAAACCUGUAAGAACCCUUGCAAUCAAGCUUGUGGACCAGGAGCAAUAUGUUCAGUUAUUGACCACCGAGCUACAUGUGCAUGUGAGCCUGGCAUGGAGGGUGAUCCCUUCCAAGGUUGUUCACGAUCAAAAGCUCCCCCAAAACCUGAAUACCUUAAUCCAUGUGAACCAUCACCUUGCGGUGUUAAUGCGGAAUGUAAUGUACAAGGAAACGCUGGAUCAUGUACUUGCCUACCUGACUAUUUUGGUGAUCCAUAUCAAGGCUGUAGACCGGAAUGUGUAGUCGAUGCUGAUUGUCCAUUAACUUUAGCUUGUAAUAGAAAUAAAUGUACCGAUCCUUGUCCUGGAAUAUGUGGGCAAAAUGCUGUAUGUUACGUUGCAAAUCAUAAACCAUCUUGUACAUGCGAGACGGGCUACACGGGAAAUCCACUUUCCAUGUGUUCUAAAAUUCGUAACGAUUUAGUUUCAUCACCAAAUGUCUGUAAUCCAUCACCGUGUGGAGCCAAUGCGAUUUGUAAAGAAAUUAACAGUCAACCUGUUUGUUCUUGUUUAACUAACUACAUUGGCACUCCACCGAACUGUAAACCGGAAUGUGUUGUUAAUUCCGAAUGUAAACCAACAAAAGCCUGUGUUAACAACAGAUGUAUUAAUCCUUGUCCCAAACCUUGUGGCAAAGAUGCUGAAUGUAAAGUUAUAAACCACAGCCCUGUUUGUUCUUGCCGCCAGGGCUAUUCAGGAAAUCCUUUCACAAUGUGUACCCAAAUAUUACAUACCACGUCAACUUCAAUAACACCGUCAAACCCAUGUGUUCCUUCACCCUGUGGCCUUUAUGCUGAAUGCCGCAUAAAAGAUGGUUUGGCAUCGUGUUCUUGUCUUCCUUCAUAUACAGGAUCACCUCCAUUUUGCAAAUCUGAGUGUACUAUCCAUUCCGACUGCCCUAGUAACCAGGCAUGUAUAGCGGAAAAGUGUAGGAAUCCUUGUGAUGGUGCAUGUGGAGUGUAUGCAAACUGUUUUGUACACAACCAUGUACCGGUUUGUUUGUGUGCGGAGGAUUUCACUGGUGAUCCAUUUAGAGAAUGUAGACCAAAACCUCUACAAGACACAACAACCAUUCCUUCGAUCUCGGAUCCUUGUCAAAAAAAUCAAUGUGGACCAAACACUAAGUGUGACAAUGGAGUUUGUUCUUGUUUAUUGGGUUAUCAUGGGGAUCCAUACCUGGGCUGUCGACCAGAAUGUAUAUAUAGCACAGACUGUCCCCAAAACAAAGGAUGUCGACUCAACAAGUGUGUAGAUCCUUGUGAAAAUACUUGUGGUAUAAAUGCUCAAUGCAAUGUCAUCAACCAUAUUCCUAUGUGCACCUGUCCAGAAGGAAUGAGUGGCAGUGCCUUUAUUGAAUGUCGACCGGUUGCAGUAUUGAACAUAAAUCCAUGCAAUCCAUCACCCUGUGGGCCAAACAGUCAAUGUCAACAUUCUAACGGGCAAGCGGUCUGUUCUUGUCUGCCGGGCUAUCGUAGUAGUCCUCCGACCUGCAGACCUGAAUGUGUAAUAAGCUCUGAAUGCCCAUUAAACGAAGCAUGUCAAAAUGAAAAAUGCGUUAAUCCUUGUGUUGGAGCUUGUGGAGUUGCUGCUUUGUGUGAAGUUAUAAAUCAUAAUCCAAUCUGCACAUGUCCACCAAAAUUUACGGGUGACCCAUUUAUAAGGUGUUAUAUAAGAGUCGAACCACAAAUUCAAAGUGACCCAUGUGAACCUUCUCCGUGUGGGCCUCAUUCUACCUGCAGAAUAAGUGGAGAGAGUCCAGUAUGUGCUUGUUUAAUUGGCUAUAAAGGAACUCCUCCUAAUUGUAGACCAGAAUGUGUUAGCAACAACGAAUGUGAUUAUAAUUUAGCCUGCGUUGAUAAUAAAUGUAGUGAUCCGUGUAGAGGUACUUGUGGUAUCAAUGCUGAGUGUAGAGUAGUUAAUCAUUCACCAAUGUGCAUAUGUGAGAUGGGAUUCAUUGGAGAUGCUUAUUCACAAUGUAAUCCUGUUAUAGUACAAAACGAAAUUUUAAGACCAUGUGAGCCGAGCCCCUGUGGUUCUAAUGCUGUUUGUAGAGAACAAGGAGGGGUAGGGGCCUGUCAAUGUUUAAGUGGAUACUUUGGCAAUCCAUAUGAAGGCUGUCGGCCGGAAUGUUUGGUUAAUACUGACUGUCCAUUAAAUAAGGCUUGUUCACAAAUGAAGUGCAUAGAUCCUUGUCCAGGUACAUGUGGGGUUAAUGCACUUUGUCAAACUAAUAACCAUUUGCCAAAUUGUAUAUGUCAAGCUGGUUAUACUGGAAAUCCCUUCAGUCAUUGUAGGAUAUUACAAGAACCUGAAGCAGUCAAGGAAGAAAAUCCUUGUAAUCCAUCUCCUUGUGGUGCAAAUAGUCAAUGCAAAGAAAUAAAUAAACAAGCAGUUUGUUCCUGUUUACCUAAUUUUAAUGGCUACCCACCAAAUUGCCGCCCCGAAUGUAUUGUAAGUUCGGAAUGCCCUCCGAACUUAGCGUGCUCUAACCAAAAGUGCACAGAUCCUUGUUUGGGCACGUGUGGAGAAAAUGCAAAUUGUAAUGUAAUUAAUCAUAGCCCAAUUUGUGCUUGUAAAACUGGAUUGACAGGAAAUCCGUUCACUCGGUGUUUCCCCAUUAAAGUUUCAGAAACUUACGACAUUGCUCAAUCUCGUGAUCCUUGUUUAUCUUCCCCUUGCGGACUUUAUGCAGAAUGUCGUGAGGUAAAAGGUUCGGUUUCAUGCACAUGUCAAGAUGGUUUUAUUGGUAGUCCACCUAAUUGCCGACCAGAAUGUACAAUAAACUCAGAAUGUCCGAGUGACAAGGCAUGCAUUAAUGAAAAAUGUCGAGAUCCUUGUAUUGGCGCCUGUGGGCUUAACGCAAAAUGCAGUGUAUUUAAUCACAUCGCCGAAUGUAGUUGUCUCGAUCAGUACAAAGGAGACCCAUUUACAAGAUGUGAAUUCAUUGUUUUUGAAGAAGAUGUAACGCAGUUGGACCCUUGUAAUCCGUCCCCAUGUGGUUCUAAUGCAGAAUGUCAUAAUGGCGAAUGUACGUGUUUACCUGAAUACUCAGGUGAUCCCUAUUUCGGUUGCCGACCAGAAUGCCUCGUGAACAGUGACUGUCCAAUGAAUAAAGCGUGCAUCAAAAGUAAAUGUGUCGACCCAUGUGUUAAUACCUGCGGAAUACAAGCAAACUGUAAUGUUUACAACCACAUACCAAUGUGCACUUGCAUACCAGGUUAUUCUGGAAACGCUUUCAUUGAAUGUAGGAAGAUAAUAGUCACAGAAGAACUUAGACCAUGCAUUCCUUCUCCUUGUGGUCCAAAUAGUCAGUGUAGAGAAAUUAACGGUCAAGCUGUGUGCACUUGUUUAGCCGGUUACCACGGAGCUCCACCUACUUGCAGGCCCGAAUGUGUAACUAGUUCCGAGUGUGCACUUAAUAAAGCUUGUUCAGGACAGAGAUGUAUAGAUCCAUGUAGUGGCAAUUGCGGAAUCGGUGCCAUUUGUGAAGUAGUACACCACAACCCUAUUUGCUCUUGUCCCACUGAUACAACUGGAGAUCCAUUCACUAGAUGUAUACAAAAAGAUGUAACAGAAGAAAUUCGAGUAAACCCCUGUGAACCGUCACCCUGUGGACCAUAUUCUAUUUGCAAAGAAAUCGGAGGAUUCCCAUCAUGUGCUUGCCUUGAUCAGUUUAUAGGAGCACCACCAAAUUGUCGACCUGAGUGUAUCGCAAAUAGUGAAUGUCCCAAUGAAUUAGCCUGUAUCAACCAAAAGUGCAAAGAUCCUUGCCUCGGUUCUUGUGGUACUGCAGCAGAAUGUCGAGUGAUAAGUCAUUCCCCUCAGUGUUAUUGUUUACCUGGCUACAGUGGUGAUGCUUUCAUUGAAUGUCGGGUUAUUGACGUGCCACUGAACCCAUGUUCUCCAUCGCCGUGCGGUUCUAAUGCUAUAUGCAAACAAUUGAAAGGGGCUGGUUCAUGUGUAUGCUUACCAGAAUAUGAAGGAAAUCCUUAUGAGGGUUGUCGCCCUGAAUGUGUUGUCAAUUCAGACUGUCCGUCAAACUUAGCUUGCAUGCAAAAUAAAUGUAGAAAUCCAUGUGGGAACAUUUGCGGCCUUAAUGCUCUUUGUAACGUCAUCAAUCAUAUCCCUAAAUGCGAAUGUGCACCAGGAACUACAGGUAGUCCACACCAAGAAUGUCGUGAUAUUUUAAAAGAUAUACCCGUAAAAAACAAAACUCCGUGUUUACCAUCGCCAUGCGGGCCAUAUAGUAUAUGUAAAGCAGUAAACGAACAAUCAGUGUGUACCUGUCAACCAGAGUAUAAAGGUUCUCCACCUAAUUGCAAACCGGAGUGCCUCAUCAGUGCUGAAUGCAGUCAACAGGAAGCUUGCAUAAAUCAAAAAUGUAAAAAUGCUUGCGAAGGUGUAUGUGGAGUUAACACGGAAUGUAAAGUAAUAAAUCAUAGCCCAAUUUGUACCUGUAGUCCUCAACACACGGGAGAUCCGUUUACUAGGUGUUAUAGAGAACCUGAAAUGCUGCCGGUUUCAAGAAAUCCCUGUCUACCGUCUCCUUGCGGUCCAUUUUCGUUUUGUAUGGAUUUCAAUGGGCUUCCGUCUUGUUCUUGUUUACAAAAAUACAUCGGUACGCCGCCGAAUUGCCGACCGGAAUGUACCAUAAAUUCAGACUGUUCCAGCGAUAAAGCUUGUAUUAAUGAGAGGUGUAUCGAUCCAUGCCCAGGCUCAUGUGGUAUAAACGCUGAGUGUAGGGUACAAAGCCAUGUUUCUAUAUGUACUUGUAACAAUGGUUACACUGGAGAUCCAUUCGUAGAAUGUUCACUAAAAAAACAGAAUGAACCUAUUGAAGUAAAUCCUUGUAAUCCAUCGCCUUGCGGAUCAAAUGCAGUCUGUAACGAUGGAAUUUGCUCUUGUUUACCUGAAUAUAAUGGUGACCCAUACUUUGCCUGUCGUCCAGAAUGCACAAUCAGUUCAGAAUGUCCAUUACAUUUGGCUUGUGUUAGACAACGUUGUGUAAAUCCUUGUAACAAUACUUGUGGCGUGAAUGCCGUCUGUGAGGUUGUCAAGCAUAUGGCUAUAUGUACAUGUCCACCCAAAACCACAGGCAAUGCAUUUGUUAGGUGCAGUCCCAUCAAAGAAACUAUUGUUCAAAACCCCUGUCAGCCAAGCCCUUGCGGACCUUUCAGCCAGUGCAGGGAAUAUAACAAUCAGCCAGUAUGUUCAUGCAUGCCCGAAUACCUCGGCACACCUCCAGCCUGUCAUCCGGAAUGUGUUAUGAGUUCUGACUGUCCGUUAAAUAAAGCAUGUAGUAAUCAGAAAUGCAUUAAUCCAUGUGAAGGUGCUUGUGGAUUUGCAGCUCUUUGUCAAGUCAUAAAUCAUAACCCUAUAUGCACAUGCCCAUCUAAAAUGACGGGAGAUCCUUUUACGAGAUGUAUAAUAAUACCACUCGCUGAGCCUGUAGUAAGUGGAAACCCAUGUCAACCAUCACCGUGUGGACCAAAUUCAAUAUGUCAACCAAACCAAUCGGAAACCCCAACUUGCCAAUGUUUGCCAGAUUAUAUUGGUUCACCGCCUAAUUGUCGACCAGAAUGUAUAUCUAACUCUGAAUGUGAAUUACAUCUGGCUUGUAUUAACAAAAAAUGCAAGGAUCCCUGUUUACAAGCCUGUGGAAUAAAUGCAAAGUGUCAAGUUGUAAGUCACACCGCAGCCUGUGUGUGUCCUGAGGGUUAUAGUGGCGACGCCGCGGUUCAAUGUACUCUUAAUGCUCUGCUUCCAAGUAGUCCUCUUUCGCCUUGUACUCCGUCACCCUGUGGGACGAAUGCUGAAUGUCGGGAAAAAUCAGGAGCUGGUGCAUGCUUCUGCAUUAAUGGGUACUUCGGUAAUCCAUACCAAAACUGUCACCCAGAAUGUGUAGUGAACACAGAUUGUCCUAGUAACAAAGCUUGUACACGUAAUAAAUGUAUCGAUCCUUGUCCAGGUACAUGUGCAUUGAAUGCAGAAUGUCAAGUAGUAAAUCAUUCACCAUUAUGUACUUGUCGACCAUCGUACACAGGUGAUCCUUUCCGACAGUGUGUUUUAAGAAUAAACGAUGACCUGCCUACCAAUCCUUGUCAACCCUCGCCAUGUGGACCAAACAGUCAAUGCCGAAUUUCAAACGGUGUAAGUGUAUGCUCAUGCUUGCCUGAAUACCAUGGAUCGCCUCCAAACUGCAGACCUGAAUGUGUAGUAAGCUCCGAGUGUUCAUCAGAAAACACUUGUGUCAAUCAGAAAUGUAUUUCUCCUUGCCCUGGACCCUGUGGUAAAAACACAGAUUGUAGAGUGAUUAACCAUAGUCCUAUAUGUACUUGCAAAGAUAAAUAUACUGGGGAUCCUUUUUCAAGUUGUUAUAAAAUUAUAGCUCCUGAUCGAGUCUUGACUACAAUAGAUCCAUGUGUACCGUCACCAUGUGGAGCAAACUCACAGUGUCAGAACCGUAAUGGCCUUCCAUCCUGUUCCUGUCAGCCAAAUUAUUUUGGUAGUCCACCUAACUGCCGACCAGAAUGUGUUGUAAAUGAGGAUUGCGCAAGUGAUUUGGCCUGCAUUGGUCUUAAGUGCAGUGACCCUUGUUCCGGAUCAUGUGGUCUCAAUGCUAACUGUCAUGUUAUGAAUCAUAUUGCAGUUUGUACCUGUAAUGAGGGUUACACUGGAAAUGCAUUCACACAAUGUAAUCCGGUACCUAUAAAAGUUGAACCUGACAUCUGUAAAUGCGGUGCAAAUGCUGAAUGCGACGGAGAAAAGUGCAAGUGUCUUCCAGAAUUUCACGGUGACCCGUAUGAUAGCUGUCGACCUGAAUGCGUUCUGAAUUCUGACUGCGAUAGAAAUUUAGCCUGUAUUAAUAACAAAUGUGUGAAUCCCUGUUCAGGAAUUUGUGCAGCGACUGCUUUAUGUAAUGUUGUUAAUCAUAUACCAAUGUGCAGCUGUCCUGAACGUACAACUGGGAAUGCUUUCUUAGAGUGUCGACCAGUAUUACCUACAGAAUCAGUCAACGUUAAUCCAUGUAACCCAUCUCCUUGUGGUCCGAACAGUCAGUGUAGACAAGUAAAUGGUCAAGCAGCUUGUUCUUGCGCUCCAAAUACUAUUGGUACCCCACCAGCUUGUCGUCCUGAAUGCACAAUUAGUGCCGAAUGUCGACUAGAUCAAGCGUGUAGUAAUCAACGUUGUAUCAAUCCAUGUGCCGCUUCAUGCGGCAUAAACGCUGAAUGUAAAGUAGUAAACCAUAAUCCCGUCUGUUCUUGUCCUUCGUCUUUCACCGGAGAUCCGUUUACACGUUGCUUUAAACAAGCUGAAAAGUUACCAGAACGAAUUGAUCUAUGCACACCUUCACCAUGUGGUCCAAAUUCGUUAUGCCAGGAAAUAAACGAAGUCCCAUCAUGCACUUGUUUAGAUGGUUAUCAUGGUCAACCUCCAUAUUGUAAACCGGAAUGCACAAGUAAUGAAGAAUGUUUACCAAGCUUAGCCUGUAUACAUAUGAAAUGUAAAAAUCCAUGUGAAAACAUAUGUGGUUCGAAUGCUGAAUGCAAAGUAGUCAGUCAUUCGCCAAUAUGUUUGUGUGCUUUUGGGUACACAGGUGAUCCAUUUUUUGGUUGUACCAAAGAGAUUUUAAAUGCUGAAAUAGAAGUAACCCCUUGUUCACCAUCUCCUUGUGGGUCGAAUGCAAUAUGCAAAGAAAAACAAAAUGCUGGCUCAUGUAGUUGCAUUGAAGGUUAUCUAGGAAAUCCUUAUGAAGGAUGUCGACCUGAGUGCGUUGUCAAUACUGAUUGUCCCUCAAAUAAAGCUUGUGUUAGUAACAAAUGUAAAGAUCCUUGUCCGGGUAGUUGUGGCGCAAAUGCUUUGUGCCAAAUAGUAAAUCACUUACCCUUAUGUACCUGUUUAAGUGGUUACACUGGGGAUCCAUUUAAAUAUUGCGUCUAUCAAGAGUCACGUCCUACAAAAAUUCCUGUGGAUGUGUGUUAUCCAUCACCUUGUGGACCUAACAGCCAAUGUAAAGAGAGCAAUGGUCAAGCAAUCUGUUCGUGCCUAGCUGGAUAUGAUGGAGUACCGCCAAAUUGUCGACCUGAAUGUGUCGUAAGUUCAGAAUGUGUUCCAGAAAAAGCGUGCAUUAAUAACAAAUGUGUUAAUCCAUGCCCUAAACCAUGCGGAGUUAAUACACAUUGCCAAGUCAUCAACCAUAGUCCAAUAUGUUCCUGUAGGGGUUCCUUCACAGGAGAUCCAUUCACCUUGUGCACGCCAAUAAAGCAUGAAGAAGUUGUUUACGACAAAAAUGUAUGUUUACCGUCACCGUGUGGUCCAAAUGCUGAAUGUCGUCAAAUUGGAAAUUCCCCGUCAUGUUCUUGCCUUCCAAACUUUAUCGGUAGCCCACCGAACUGUCGACCUGAAUGUAGCAUCCACGCUGAUUGCUCCACAAACCAAGCCUGUAUUAAUUCAAAAUGCCAAGAUCCUUGUCCAGGAUCGUGCGGUACAUCAGCUUUAUGUGAAGUACACAACCACAUUCCCAUAUGCACGUGUAUCGAAGGAUACGUUGGAGACCCAUUUACGAGUUGUAAACCUCAACCAUUGCAAGUGGAACCCGUCGUUAUAGAUUCAUGCACAAAUGUAAGAUGUGGAUCGAACGCAGAAUGCAAUGAUGGACAAUGUCAGUGUAUACCGGAAUAUCACGGUGAUCCAUAUUUUAAUUGUCGCCCAGAAUGUGUCUUUAGCUCGGAUUGCGAUGUCACUAAAGCUUGUGUUCAACAAAAAUGCAUCGACCCUUGCAUAGGAACGUGUGGAAUUAAUGCAAUAUGCCAAGUAAUAAAUCAUAUUCCUAUGUGUUCAUGCAGCAAUGGAUUUUCUGGAAAUGCAUUUGUUGUUUGCAAUCCAGUAAAAGUUUCCGUCUCUGAACAUCCCUGCACUACUACAAUUUGUGGACCGAACAGUCAAUGUCGCGAAGUAAACAAUCAAGCUGUUUGUUCUUGUUUACCCAAUUACUUAGGUGUACCGCCCGCUUGUAGGCCAGAAUGUGUAGUAGAUGCUGAAUGUCUUCAAAAUCAAGCAUGUAUUAAUCAGAAAUGUGUAAAUCCUUGCAUUGGAUCUUGUGGACUAAGAGCUAAAUGCGAAGUAAUAAACCAUAACCCAAUAUGCGCCUGUCCAAGUGGAUUUUCUGGUGAUCCAUUUGUUGCAUGUUCUAUCAUUUCAAAUAUUCGAGUUCCUUUGGUAAACCCUUGUCUACCUUCUCCAUGCGGUCCAAAUUCGAUCUGUGAAGAAAUACAAGGACAGCCAUCUUGUCGCUGUAUGCCAGAAUUUAAAGGUCAACCACCAUUCUGUAAACCUGAAUGCGUAAGCAAUAGCGAGUGUUCAUCACACUUGGCAUGUGUCAAUCAAAAAUGUAAAGAUCCCUGCAUUAAUGCAUGUGGUAUAAAUGCUGAAUGUAGAGUAGUGAGUCAUUCUGCAAUGUGUGUGUGUCCUCAAGGGUACGAAGGUGACCCAUUUUCGCAAUGUUCUAUAAGAACAGCUAUAGAAAUAUUAACACCAUGUUCGCCAUCUCCCUGUGGAACUAAUGCGAUUUGCGAAGAACGUAACCAUGUCGGAUCUUGUAAAUGUAACGAAGGUUACUUUGGCAAUCCUUACGAAAGUUGCAGACCUGAGUGUGUAUCUGACUCUGAUUGCCCAGGAAAUAGGGCUUGUAUUAAUAUGAAAUGUCAAGAUCCUUGUCCGGGAACCUGUGGCUUGAAUGCCGAAUGUACUACUAUUAAUCAUAAGCCAACAUGUGUAUGCAUAUCGGGUUAUACUGGCGAUGCUUUCCGGAAAUGUUCUGUUGUACCACUAAAAGAUGACACACCUGUGAACCUAUGCUAUCCUUCUCCGUGUGGUCCGAAUAGCCAAUGUAAAAUAAUAAAUGAGAAAGCGAUCUGUAGCUGCCUGCCUAAUUACAUUGGUCUACCACCGUCAUGUAAACCCGAGUGUAGUCUCAGUUCAGACUGCAGUUCAGAUAAAGCUUGUAUCAAUCAAAAAUGUUCGAACCCAUGUCCCGGUCCUUGUGGACACCUAGCAGAUUGUCGCGUGAUCCACCAUAAUCCCAUUUGUAGUUGUUUACCAGGAUUGACGGGAGACCCCUUCACACGAUGCUAUACUAGACCAGUUGUUCAUGCUCAAAUAGAUGAAAUAAAGGAUCCGUGUGUACCGAGUCCUUGUGGCUUAAAUUCUCAGUGUCGUAAUAUAGACGGACAAGCCGCUUGCUCCUGCUCAGCUGGUUACCUCGGUAGCCCUCCUAAUUGUAGACCAGAAUGUACAACCAAUCAAGACUGUAUCGGAUCUCUAUCCUGUAUUAAUGAAAAGUGCAUCGAUCCUUGUCUAGGAUCGUGUGGGAGGAAUGCAAGGUGUUUUGUCAUAAAACAUGUAGCCAUUUGCACCUGCCUUGAAGGUUACACUGGAGAUCCUUUUACAAAAUGCGACAUAAAACCAAUAAAUGAUAAUGUUAUCGAUAGUUGCAAUCCUUCACCAUGUGGUUCCAAUACGGAGUGCCAAAACGGAGAAUGCCACUGUUUACCAGAAUAUCAUGGCGAUCCUUAUGUUGGCUGUAGACCAGAGUGUGUAAUAAGUUCCGAUUGUCCCAGGAAUCAAAUCUGUACUGCUAAAAAGUGUAUAAACCCUUGCCCAGAUAUGUGUGGAAAGAAUGCAAUAUGUGAGGUUUUCAAUCACGUUCCGAUGUGCAGUUGUCCAGCUGGAUACACUGGCAAUUCAUUUAUUUCAUGCCAACUUUUCCAAGUCAUGGUGCCUGCUAAUCCGUGCAACCCCAGUCCAUGCGGUCCCAAUAGCCAGUGUCGAAUAACAAAUAAUAUAGCAGUUUGUUCCUGUAUUCCUGGUUAUGAAGGAAAUCCACCAACAUGUCGACGAGAAUGCACAACUAGUUCAGAGUGUCCUCUGAAUAAAGCUUGUAAUAACUAUAAGUGCAUCGAUCCAUGCAAAGGAGCUUGUGGAUUAAACGCCUUAUGUGAGAUAGUCAACCAUAAUCCCAUUUGCUCAUGUCCAUCGGAAUAUACAGGCGAUCCAUUUAGUCGAUGCACUGAAAGACUCCAAGAAACGCUGCCACAGCUAAAUCCAUGCAUCCCAUCUCCUUGUGGACCUAACUCAAUAUGUCAACCUCUAUCAGAUACACCAUCUUGUUCUUGCAUGCCAGAAUUUAAAGGAACUCCGCCAAAUUGCCGCCCUGAAUGCACCAGUAACAGUGAAUGUUCAAACCAUUUGGCCUGUAUUAAUAAUAAAUGUAGUGACCCAUGUUUAGGCGCAUGCGGCUCACUUGCUGAAUGUCGUGUAGUAAGCCAUACACCAAACUGUAUGUGCCCACAGGGAUACACAGGAGAUCCAUUUUUAUCGUGCUUGAUACUAAACACAGUAGUAACAGAAAAGCCAACACCCUGUACGCCAUCACCGUGUGGGUUUAAUGCAGUCUGCCAAGAACGCAACAACGUCGGUUCUUGUACCUGCUUUGCGGGCUAUUUUGGCAAUCCCUAUGAGGGAUGUCGACCAGAAUGUACCGUUAACACAGAUUGUCCCUCAGACAAAGUUUGCCAGCAAAAUAAGUGUCAGGAUCCUUGCCCAGGAACGUGUGGUGUAAAUGCAAUUUGUCAAUCAGUUAAUCAUGCUCCCUUAUGUACUUGUCUUCCUGGUUAUACCGGAGAUCCAUUUAAAAACUGCAUUUUUAAACAAGAUAUAGAAAAACCGACUGAUCCUUGCAAACCUUCGCCUUGUGGACCGAAUAGUGUCUGUAAAAUAUUAAAUGAACAAGCUGUAUGUAGUUGUAUGCCAGAAUAUCACGGUACUCCACCAAACUGCCGACCGGAGUGCAUUAUAAGUUCUGAAUGUGCCAAUAAUAGGGCUUGUAUCAAACAAAAAUGUAUGGAUCCAUGUUUAGGACAAUGUGGAAUAAACUCAAAAUGCUUAGUUAUUAAUCAUAGCCCUAUCUGCACCUGUAUGGAACAUUUUACUGGCGAUCCCUUCAGCCGCUGUUUCGCUAUGGUUCAGCAUCUUCCAGAAAAGCAAUAUAAUCCUUGCUUGCCGUCACCAUGCGGACCGUUUAGUGAAUGCAGGGAAAAUGAUGGUGUACCUUCUUGCACCUGUCUUUCAAAUUAUAUGGGGGCUCCUCCAAAUUGUCGACCCGAGUGUGUUAUUAACGCUGACUGUAAAAGUGAUUUGGCUUGUAUAAAUCAGAAAUGUAUAGAUCCGUGUCCAGGUUCCUGUGGCAUUAAUGCACAGUGCGUAGUAAAAACUCAUACGCCUAUUUGUACCUGUUACGAUAAUUAUGUAGGGGAUGCUUUCAUCGAGUGUAAAUUACAAGAAAUCACCAGCGAUACCUCGGAUCCAUGUGUGCCAUCGCCUUGUGGUGCCAACGCUAAGUGUGAUGACGGUGUAUGCUCCUGUCUACCUGAAUAUUUCGGGGAUCCUUACUUUGAAUGCCGUCCUGAAUGCACUCUUAGUUCUGAUUGUCCACUAAAUAAGGCUUGUUAUAGAAACAAAUGCGUUAAUCCAUGUAACGCAAAUGUCUGUGCAAGCAAUGCAUUAUGUGAAGUUAUUAAUCAUGUGCCAAUGUGCAGAUGCCCAGAAGAAAUGACUGGAAAUGCUUUUGUAUCAUGUUCCAGACAAGAAGUUGAAACACCUCAAGCCUGUCACCCGAGUCCAUGCGGACCUAAUAGUCAGUGUCGUAAUGUGAACGGCCAGGCAAUUUGUUCAUGUUUAGUGGGCUAUAUUGGUACUCCACCUUCGUGCAGACCGGAGUGCAUUGUAAGCUCAGAUUGUUCUCCCGAGGAAGCUUGUUCAAACCGAAAAUGUAUACGGCCUUGUCAAGGAGCAUGUGGAAUUAAUUCUAAAUGUCAGGUCAUAAAUCAUAAUCCUAUCUGUUCAUGUCCACCCUCUUUUACUGGAAAUCCAUUCAUUAGAUGUAUAUUACAAGAAAUUGAACAAGAACCAAUUGAUGUCUGUAAUCCAUCACCAUGUGGACCGAAUUCAAUUUGCAAGGAAAUGUUAAAUUCACCCAUAUGUUCGUGUCAACCUGGAUAUUUUGGUGCUCCGCCAUAUUGUAAACCCGAGUGUAUAAGUAAUUCAGAAUGUCCAACUCAUCGUGCAUGUAUUAACGAAAAAUGUGUUGAUCCUUGUGAAACUGUCUGUGGCUCAAAUACACAGUGCCAUGUGAUAAGUCAUUCUCCCUCAUGUUCAUGCCUUCAGGAUUACACAGGUAAUCCCUUCAUUGAAUGCCACAAAAUUGAAAAAGUUAUAGAGAUCUUGUCACCCUGCCAACCGUCUCCUUGCGGGGCUAAUGCUGUAUGUAAAGAGUACAAUGGUGCUGGCUCAUGCACAUGUCUCACUGAUUUUUACGGUAACCCAUAUGAAGGAUGCAGACCAGAGUGUUUAAUAAAUUCUGACUGCCUGUCUAGUCAAGCAUGUUUGCAAAGUAAAUGUCAAAAUCCGUGUCCGGGUGCUUGUGCUUCAAAUGCUGUAUGCCAAGUAAUAAAUCAUGCCCCAUCCUGUUCAUGUCCUGAAGGUUAUUCUGGAGAUCCAUUUAAAUACUGUACGCCUACCCAGACACUAGAAAUACCUGUUGACGUGUGCCAACCGUCACCAUGUGGGCCGAACAGUCGUUGUCAGGAGGUUAAUAAACAGGCAGUUUGUUCUUGUAUGCCAAAUUAUAUUGGUUCACCACCAGGUUGUCGCCCUGAGUGUGUUGUCAGUUCUAAUUGUCCCUCGAAUAAGGCAUGUGCCAAUGAAAAGUGUAUUGAUCCAUGCAUUAGUGCAUGCGGAAGUAACGCUGAUUGCAGAGUUAUAAAUCAUAACCCGAUAUGUAACUGUAAAAACUUCUAUACUGGUGAUCCUUUUACUAGAUGUAUUCCCCUAAAGCCACCCGUUGCUAACGCCGUUUUGGAACCAUAUAAAAACCCUUGUGUUCCCUCACCGUGUGGACCAAAUUCUGUAUGCCAAGAAACAAAUAACAUACCUGCUUGUACUUGUAUGGACGGUAUGUUAGGCAGCCCACCAAAUUGCAAACCGGAAUGUAUCGUCAACUCCGAAUGUGCUCUUUCACAAGCCUGUAUACAUCAAAAAUGUCAAGAUCCUUGCGCUGGUUCAUGUGGUAUUGGAGCUUUGUGUUCCGUUGCGCGACAUGUACCUAUCUGCACAUGCCCUGAUGGAUUUACAGGAGAUGCCUUUACUGCGUGCACACCGAAACCAAAACCAGAUUUUGAUAUAAUAGAUAAAUGUAAUCCAUCGCCUUGUGGCACAAAUGCCGUUUGCAAUGAUGGCGUUUGUACCUGCAUUAAAGAACAUCAAGGCGAUCCUUAUAUCGGAUGUAGACCGGAAUGUGUACUCAGUGCUGACUGUGCAAAAGACAAAGCAUGUAUUAGAAAUAAAUGUAUUGAUCCUUGUCCUGGAGCAUGUUCUUCUACAGCUGUUUGUGAAGUAAUAAAUCACAUUCCUAUGUGUACAUGUCCACAAGGAAUGAGUGGAAAUGCCUUCUAUGCAUGUGAACCCAUUAGAGGUCCUCUUAUAAGCAACCCUUGUAUUCCAUCGCCAUGCGGACAAAAUAGUCAGUGCAGGGAAGUUAAUGGUCAAGCUGUAUGCACAUGUAUUCCUGGUUUUAUUGGUAGUCCACCACUUUGCAGGCCAGAAUGUUUAGUCAGUUCAGACUGUUCUUUAAACAAAGCUUGUAGUAAUCAAAAAUGUAUCGACCCCUGCAAAGGUUCAUGCGGGGUGGAAGCCAAAUGUGUUGUUGUUAAACAUAAUCCAAUAUGCACUUGUCCCCCCAGUUAUACAGGAGACCCAUUCAUUCGAUGCAUUCCAUCUGCACCCAUGGCUACAGUCGUAUCUCCUUGUUCUCCGUCACCCUGCGGUGCUAACGCUAUUUGUCACGAAACAGAUGAAUCGCCAUCAUGUGCUUGUAUACAAGGUUAUAUUGGAUCACCGCCAUACUGUAGACCCGAAUGCAGCAGUAAUAGCGAAUGCUCCACUCAUCUCGCAUGUAUUAAUCAAAAAUGCAAAGGUCCGUGCAUUGACGUGUGUGCUCCAAAUGCAAAUUGUAAAGUAGUAAGCCAUUCACCCAUGUGUUUCUGUGAUGACGGGUAUGAGGGAGAUCCAUUCACAAGUUGUCAACCUAUAUUAUUAAACGCUCCUGAAAUUGUUUCACCUUGUGACCCUUCACCGUGUGGUAUCAACGCGAUCUGCAAGGAACAUAACUCCGCAGGUUCUUGUAUUUGUCUUGAAAAUUAUAUAGGAAACCCAUAUGAAGGAUGUCGACCCGAGUGCACAAUAAACACAGAUUGUUCACCAAACAAGAGCUGCAUAAGAAACAAAUGUGUAGAUCCUUGUCCUGGAACUUGUGGUUUAAGGGCAACCUGCAUCACUAUUCAACAUUUACCCGUCUGCACGUGUUCUUCUGGAUACACUGGUGAUCCUUAUCGAAGAUGCGAUUUUAUAAAAGAAACGACUCCAGAAGUUUCGACUCCCUGUGUGCCAAAUCCAUGUGGACCAAAUAGCAUUUGCAAAGCAUCUAAUGGUCAAAGUGUAUGUUCUUGCAUGCCUGGCUACAUUGGCUCGCCACCUGGUUCUCACAGUCCAAUUUGUACGUGUAAAAAUGGUUAUACAGGAGAUCCAUUCACCCGAUGUUACAAACAACCACCACUUGCUAUAACUCAAGAAAUUCGUCAAAAUCCCUGCGUUCCCAGUCCUUGUGGUUCUAAUGCCAUUUGCAGGGAUAUCAAUGGUUCACCGUCAUGUUCUUGCAUGUUAAACUUCCAAGGAUAUCCACCAAAUUGUAGACCAGAAUGUGCUAUAAAUCAAGAUUGUCCAUCAAACAUGGCGUGUAUUAAUAUGAAAUGUCGGGAUCCAUGUCCUGGAAGCUGCGGACAGAAUGCUGAGUGUACAGUUUUUAAUCAUUUGCCUGCUUGUACAUGUGCCAAUGGUUAUAGCGGCGAUCCGUUUACUCACUGUAAUAUAAUCGCCUUAAAAGAUGAGACUCCUAACGAUCCCUGCCACCCUUCGCCAUGUGGCUUUAAUGCCGAAUGUAUAAAUGGAAUAUGUUCUUGCAUAAAUGAUUAUCAUGGAGAUCCUUAUCAAGGUUGUAAACCCGAAUGUACAACAAACAUGGAAUGUUCAUCUAAUGAAGUAUGCUCCAGGAAUAAGUGUAUCAAUCCCUGUCCUGCAAUAUGUGCUGUAACAGCCGAAUGUAAUGUUUACAAUCACAUACCCAUAUGCACAUGCCCGCAAGGUAUGAGCGGAAAUGCUUUCAAAGAAUGCUAUCAUCUUGAGAUUAUUAACGAGGAACCAUGUAAUCCAAGUCCAUGCGGCCCUAACAGUCAAUGCCGAAAUGUAAAUAAUCAAGCUGUCUGCACAUGUUUACCUUCCUUUAUUGGUAGUCCUCCGUCUUGUCGACCCGAAUGUACUAUAAGUGCUGAAUGUCCAUCAGAUGAAACAUGUAAUAAUCAAAAAUGCAUAAAUCCGUGCAAAGGCAGUUGCGGCUAUAAAGCGAGAUGUGAAGUAGUAAAUCAUAAUCCAAUAUGCUCAUGUCCUCCGCAACACACAGGAGACCCAUUUACAAUAUGCAACCCAAUCGUUUCUACACCACCAUCAAUAGACCCUUGUAGUCCAUCACCGUGCGGGCCUUUUUCAAUUUGUAAAGUCAUCGGGGAGUCGCCAUCUUGUUCGUGUCAGACAGAUUACACUGGAUCACCACCCAACUGCCACCCCGAGUGCAUAAGCAACUCCGAAUGUUCAAGCAACCAAGCGUGUGUGAAUCAAAAAUGUAAAGAUCCAUGUCCUGGCAGCUGCGGAUAUAAUGCCGACUGUAGAGUUAUUAGUCAUGCGCUGAUUUGCUCUUGUCCGUAUAGAUAUACCGGAGAUCCACUUGUUUCUUGUAAUCCCAUAAAAGAAACUGUUAUCGCAUAUGAUUCACCCUGUGAGACUUCUCCGUGUGGAUUAAAUGCAAGGUGUAGAGAAAGUAACGGCGUGGGAUCCUGUCAAUGCUUGGAGAACUACGUCGGUGAUCCUUAUGAAGGAUGUCGACCGGAAUGUGUUAUAAACACAGAUUGCAAUCCUACUCAAGCGUGUAUUCAAAAUAGAUGUAAAGAUCCAUGUUUAGGCAUAUGUGCACCAAAUGCUAUCUGUCAAGUAGUUAAUCAUUUACCGUCGUGUCAUUGCCCUCCCACUCUUACAGGAGAUGCUUAUUCUAUUUGUGUAGACAAAGUUGAAGAUGACAAAAAAAUUACUCCAUGCAUUCCUUCACCUUGCGGGCCCAAUAGUCAGUGCCGCGAGGUAAAUUCUCAGGCUGUUUGCAGUUGUAUGGAAACAUAUGUCGGUACUCCGCCUAAUUGUCGCCCAGAAUGCAUGAUUAAUAGUGAAUGUGCUUCUGACAAGGCGUGCAUUAAUCGAAAAUGUGUAAACCCAUGUGCUGGACAGUGUGGUAAAAAUGCUAAUUGCAGAGUAAUAGCACAUAGCCCUAUGUGUUCAUGCCAAGAAUUAUAUACCGGAGAUCCAUUUUCUUACUGUAUGCCUCAACCCAUCUCCAUUGCAUCACAAAUUGUAAAUCCUUGCUUACCUUCACCGUGUGGAUCAAAUGCUAUAUGUGAUGAGAACAAUGGCCUGCCACGAUGUAGCUGUAAACCCAACUACAUAGGUACACCACCAUUAUGCCGACCAGAAUGCACGAUCAACUCAGACUGUAACUCGGUUCAAGCUUGUAUCAACAACCGCUGUACUGAUCCUUGUCCGGGGGCUUGUGGAAACAAUGCACAGUGUAUCGUCAAUAAUCAUUUACCUAUCUGCUCCUGCUUACCAAGUUAUACUGGAGAUCCAUUUACUAAUUGUGAUGUUAUUGUAAACGAUGAACAGAUUAAUCCCUGCUCGCCAUCGCCUUGCGGUGCUAAUGCUAUUUGUAAUGAAGGAAUCUGUUCUUGUUUAGAAGGUUAUUUCGGAGAUCCUUACUUUAAUUGUAAGCCCGAAUGUGUAUUGAAUUCUGACUGUGUACGAAGCAAAGCUUGCAUACGUAACAAAUGCAUAGAUCCUUGUGUGGGGACAUGCGGAAACGAAGCUACUUGUGAAGUAAUAAAUCAUAUACCAAUUUGUUCAUGUCCCGUAGGAACUACUGGAGAUCCUUUCAACUUUUGUACAAGAGUUAUAGAACCAAUUUCCACCAAUUUAUGCGAACCCAACUCAUGUGGGCCUUAUAGUAAAUGUAAAGAAAUAAAUGGUCAUGCCGUUUGUGUUUGUAUUCAGGGCUUCCUUGGCAGCCCACCAAACUGUCGACCAGAAUGUACUAUUAGUUCCGACUGUUCUUUAGAAAAAGCCUGUUCUAAUCAAAAAUGUAUAGAUCCUUGUCCCGGAGCAUGUGGAAGAAAUACUCAAUGUAUUGUUGUGAAUCACAAUCCAAUAUGCACCUGUUUGGCUGGAUUUAGUGGAGAUCCUUUUUCAGUAUGUCAAAUAAUUCCACCUACAGUACCUGUUAAAAUCAAUCCAUGCCUACCAUCUCCAUGUGGACCAAAUUCUCAAUGCUCUGAGAGAGAUGAAACUCCACAUUGUACUUGUUUACCAGACUAUAUAGGUGUGCCACCAAAAUGUCGUCCGGAAUGUACCAGUAACACGGAUUGUAACAUACGUAUGGCGUGUAUAAAUAAAAAAUGUCGGGACCCGUGUGUUGGAUCGUGUGGAGUUAACGCAGAGUGUAAAGUUGUGAGCCACACUCCUAUUUGUACUUGUCAAAGCGGUUACAGCGGAGAUCCCUUCCACUACUGCCAUGAAUUGAUAAUUGCAACUCCACAAGAGAGGCCUACUCCUUGUGUCCCAUCUCCUUGUGGAGCAAACGCUGUAUGUAGAGAUCAAAAUGGCAUUGGAUCUUGCACCUGUCUUUCUGAGCACUUUGGUGACCCGUACGUCGCCUGCAAGCCCGAAUGUUUACUUAAUUCGGAUUGUCCAUCAAAUAAAGCAUGUCACAAUAAAAAAUGUCAUGACCCUUGUCCUGGUACUUGUGGUAUAAAUGCUCAGUGCAAUGUUAUAAAUCAUAUUCCAAGUUGCAGUUGUCCUGAACAAUAUUACGGAGAUCCAUACAAAAUAUGUACAUUUAGAUUACAAGAAAAUAAGGUUGAUGCUUGUGAUCCUUCUCCAUGUGGACCAAACUCACAAUGUAAAACGAUGAACGAGAUUGCUGUGUGCACUUGUUUAGUUGGCUAUCAAGGAUCACCACCAGAUUGCCGACCAGAAUGUAUAACAACUUCGGAAUGUGCUCUAGACAAAAUAUGCGAAAACAAUAAGUGUAUAUCACCAUGUCCCAGAGGUUGUGGUAGUAACACAAAUUGUCGAGUGAUUAAUCACAAUCCUAUAUGCGUAUGCAAAGAAGGAUAUACUGGGGAUCCUCUCUCGACUUGUUAUACUAUAAUACAAAGAGAGCCAGCGAUACUUGAAAAUCCCAACCCAUGCAUUCCAUCUCCGUGUGGCUUAAACGCAGAAUGCAGAAAUGUAGGUGGAAUACCAUCAUGCUCGUGUUUAUCAACAUUCAUUGGAAGCCCACCAAACUGUAAACCUGAAUGUAUAACGAACUCAGACUGCAGCAACGAUAAAGCUUGUAUUACUAUGAAAUGUUUGGAUCCUUGCUUGGGUUCAUGUGGACAACAUGCCCUUUGUACUGUCAUAAAGCAUGUGCCUGUAUGCUCCUGUUCUAAUGGUUAUGAAGGAGAUCCAUUUACUAUGUGCACCGCCAAGAAAGAAGAAGUAAUUAAUGAUAUCAACCCAUGCAAUCCAUCACCUUGUGGGCCUAACGCAAUAUGUCAUAAUGGCGAAUGCACCUGUUUACCGGAGUAUCACGGGGAUCCAUAUUUCGAAUGUCGACCUGAGUGUGUCCUAAAUAGUGAUUGCCCUGUUAAUAAAGCCUGCCUACAUAAUAAAUGUAUUGAUCCAUGUGUCGAUAUGUGUGGUAUUAAUGCUGAAUGCAAUGUCUACAAUCAUAUAGCAGUAUGUAGUUGUCCAGAUGGAAUGGUUGGAGAUGCCUUUGCUGAAUGCCAAACUGUUAAAACUCCAACGACCGCGGCAUGUGUUCCAUCUCCAUGUGGACCUAACAGUAUAUGCAGAGAGGCCAACGGCCAAGCUGCGUGUACUUGUAUACAAGGCUUUGUCGGAAAUCCCCCAAGCUGUCGUCCAGAGUGUAUUCGAAGCACAGAUUGUCCAGCAUCACUAGCAUGUAUUAAUAAAAAAUGUCAAGACCCUUGUCCGGGCUCAUGCGCAUCAAAUGCUAUAUGUAAUGUAAUAAAACAUAAUCCGGUAUGUUCCUGUCCUCCAAGAUAUACGGGAUCUCCUUUCACACAUUGUUAUGUUCAACAAAUACAAGAAAGUCCCAGCAAUCCGUGUGACCCAUCUCCAUGUGGCCCAAAUAGUUUAUGUAAAGUAUUGGGCCCAGAAUCUUAUAUUUGUUCCUGUCAGCCAACUUUUGAAGGAAAUCCACCAAAUUGUAAAAGAGAAUGUUCAGCAAACGAAGAUUGUGCCACAGACAAAUCCUGUAUAAAUUAUAAAUGUAAAGAUCCUUGUCCAGGAUCUUGCGGAAUCAACACAAUAUGUACAGUUCAUCUUCAUACAGCAAUGUGCUCUUGUCAAAACGGUUUCUUUGGAGAUCCAUUCCUGUUCUGUUAUGAAAAACCUGAGAUCAUUAAACCAAAAGAUCCUUGCAAUCCUACGCCUUGUGGGCCGAACGCACGUUGCUCAGUCUCAGACAGAGAUAUCGCAGUAUGUAGUUGCGAGUCUGGUUACUUUGGUAAUCCAUACGAAACAUGUAGACCAGAAUGUACAAUGAAUUCUGAAUGUCCCUUCAAUAAGGCCUGUUUAAGAAAUAAAUGUGUUGAUCCAUGUCCAGGAGUAUGUGGUACUACUGCAAUUUGCAAUGUAAUAAAUCAUUUACCGAUUUGUACAUGUGCCUCAGGAUAUACAGGAAAUCCGUACGCAUAUUGUCAUAUAGUACUUGAAAAAUUUGAAAACAUUUCUCGAGAUCCCUGUAUUCCAAAUCCGUGUGGUAGCAAUAGUGUUUGCAAAAAUAACGGAGAGGUUGUUUCUUGUUCUUGUAUGUCUGAUUAUAUUGGAACCCCACCAAAUUGCCGACCCGAAUGCACAGUUAACUCAGAAUGUGAAGCUUCUAAGAGUUGUAUUAAUUAUAAAUGUGCUGAUCCAUGUUUUGGUGUUUGUGGUCAAAAUUCUAUAUGUAAAGUAAUUAAUCAUGCACCAGUUUGUUCUUGCGGCCAGGGCUAUACUGGAGAUCCAUUUACCAAAUGCAUAGAAAUACAAAAACUACCUCCGGCCGAAGUUAAUCCAUGCAAUCCAUCACCGUGUGGACCUAAUGCACUUUGUCAAACUAUAAAUACAGUGCCAAUGUGCACAUGUAUAGAAAACUUUAUUGGUUUUCCGCCAAAUUGUCGUCCAGAAUGUAUCGUGAACUCGGAUUGUCCUUUCGACAAAUCGUGCAUUAACCAAAAAUGUAAAGAUCCUUGCAUCGGUUCAUGUGGAUUAAACACAAUAUGUCAAGUUUAUCAACAUUCUGCUAUAUGUAGUUGUGUUGAAGGAUAUACCGGAAAUCCAUUUGAAAGUUGUCACUUUACUGAAAUAAUCGAACAUUCCCCAAUUAUUUAUGACAAAUGCAAUCCCAGCCCUUGUGGAGCUAACACUGAAUGUAGGGAUGGAAUAUGUUCUUGCAAACCAAAUUACUUCGGAAACCCUUAUAUGAGCUGUCGACCUGAAUGCUCUCAUAGCUCUGAGUGCGCAUUUAAUCUCACAUGCAUAAACAACAAAUGUUCUGAUCCAUGCGUCAAUCUUUGUGGUCAGAAUGCUGUAUGCGAAGUAUACAAUCAUGUACCAAUGUGCAGUUGUCCCAGAAAUAUGGUGGGAAAUGCUUUCUUUUCAUGUACUCUCUUAACAGUAGUUAAAGAAGAAGAUAAAAAUGUGUGCGAACCAUCUCCAUGCGGUCCCAACAGCGUAUGUCACACAAACCAAAAUCAAGCUGUAUGCUCAUGCCUGUCAGGCUAUAAAGGAGUACCACCAUAUUGCAGACCCGAAUGUUUAGUAGAUUCGGACUGCACGAGCCUUAUGGCAUGCUCCAAUCAGAAAUGUAUUGAUCCAUGUCGAGGAUCUUGCGGCAUUAAUGCCGAGUGCAGAGUUCACAAUCACAAACCCUUAUGUUAUUGUGGCACAGGACUAACAGGAGAUCCAUUUACACAGUGUUAUCAAAAUUCAAUACCAAUAAAGAAAACGCCAUGUGACCCCUCACCAUGCGGACCAAACUCUAUUUGUAAAGAAGUAGGUGAAACACCUUCUUGUGAAUGUAUGAAUGAUUUCAUGGGGAGACCUCCAUAUUGUCGUCCAGAGUGUGUCACCAACAGCGAAUGUGAUUUAGACAAAUCCUGCAUUAACCGUAAAUGUAUAAACCCGUGUAUUGGAGCUUGCGGAAGUAAUACAAAUUGUCGAGUGAUCAGCCACUCACCAAUGUGUUCCUGUCAACCUGGAUAUGAAGGAGAUGCAUUUGACCAGUGUCAUCCUAAGAAAGUGGAAAUACUCAAGCCAAUUGCCCAAAUAAAACCAUGUUCACCGAAUCCUUGUGGACCAAAUGCUAUAUGCCAAGAAAGAAACCAAGUGGCUAGCUGCAUAUGUAUUAAUGGUUUCCUAGGAAAUCCAUACGAAGGAUGCAGACCAGAAUGUGUUUUACAUUCCGAUUGCCCCCAAAAUUUGGCAUGCAUAAGUAACAAAUGUCAAGACCCUUGUUCAGGAUACUGUGGCUCUAAUUCUUACUGUCAGACUGUAAACCAUAUGCCAAAAUGUAAUUGCUUUAAUGGCUAUGCAGGAGAUCCAUACGAUAAUUGCAUACUUAAAGAAGAAAUCUCAGGAAAAAAUCCCUGCAUUCCAACCCCUUGUGGACCAAACAGCGAGUGCAAAAUUGUAAACGAUCAGGCAUUAUGUACUUGCCUCCCUGAAAAUAAAGGCAGCCCACCAAAUUGUCGUCCUAUAUGUUUAUCUAGCUCAGAGUGUCCUCUCAAUGAAGCCUGCAUAAAACAAAAGUGUGUUAAUCCUUGUAUUGAAAUAUGUGGAAGUAAUGCCCAAUGUCGGGUUCACCGCCAUAGUCCUAUUUGCACUUGUCUUCCCGGUUUCGAGGGUGAUCCGUUUAUAAUGUGCACUGAACAAAAACAGUUAGCACCAGUUACAAAUCCCUGUGAGCCAAAUCCAUGUGGACCAUUUUCAGUAUGUAAAAACGUGGGAGAAUCAGCAACGUGUAGCUGUAAAUUAGGUUAUGUCGGUGUACCCCCGCUUUGUUCCCCUGAGUGUAUAAUUAACGAAGAUUGCCCCAAAGACAAAACUUGUAGUAAAGAAAAGUGUGUGAAUCCUUGUAUCGGAUCUUGUGGUUUUAAUGCUAAUUGUCGUGCCACUAAUCAUCUGGCAAUUUGCACCUGUUUGGUAGGCUACCAAGGUGACCCGUUUGUCGGUUGCUAUGAAGUUCAAAAAGAUACGUCAAUUACGGCGCCAAAAGAUCUUUGCUCUCCAUCUCCCUGUGGCAUAAAUGCAUUAUGUAAUAAUGGAAGCUGUUCUUGCAUACCCGAAUAUCACGGAAAUCCUUACUUUGAAUGUCGACCAGAAUGUACAACAGACAAUGAAUGUCGUAAAGACCAAGCUUGUAUUAAUUUGAAAUGUAUUGACCCUUGCAAAAAUGCAUGUGGUCUAAAUGCCGUAUGCAAUGUUUAUAAUCACUUAGCCAUAUGUGAAUGUCCAGCGCCACUUCACGGUGAUGCAUUUAUUGGUUGUCGUCUUGCAACAGAACCUUCCAAAAUAGAUCCAUGUUCACCAAACCCAUGUGGACCAAAUAGUGUUUGCAAAGCAUCAGGUACAGUAGCACACUGCUCAUGCCGGUCCGCGAUGUUUGAGGAACCUCCAAGUUGUCGACCAGAGUGUCGCUCUCAUUCAGAUUGUUCACCAAGCUUGGCUUGCCGCAAUAAUAAAUGUCGAGAUCCUUGCCCCGGAUCCUGUGGAGACAAUGCCAUUUGUUUAACCAAAAUGCAUUCUCCAAUUUGUAGCUGCCCUGCUGGGUUCACUGGGGACCCUCUUACUCGGUGUUUGCUAGUUGCAGGAAUUGAUGCCGAAAUGAAAACACCGUGCUCUGAUUGUGGACCAAAUUCAGUUUGCAUUAAUGGUGUAUGCCAGUGUCAAAGAAGUUUUGUAGGAUCCCCUCCAUUCUGUCAUCUUGAGUGUUUAACAUCUAGCGACUGCGAAUGGAGCAAAAUGUGUAUAAACCGACACUGCGUGGAUGCGUGUUCAGAAACAUGUGGAGAAUCUGCUCUCUGCAACACUGUUGGCCACGAACCACAGUGUACUUGUCCUCCCAACACCACCGGAAACCCUUAUAUCCAAUGUCGACCCAUCGGAACGAUUCAAAAGCUACCAAAUGACCCAUGUUCUCCAACACCAUGUGGUCCUGGCGCGUUAUGUCACAGCCGAGGUUCUGUAGCUGUUUGUGAAUGUGAAGUUGGUCUCCGAGGUGAUCCUUACAGCGGCUGUCGACCAGAGUGCAUCGCAGACUCGGAUUGUGCGCCAAACCGUGCAUGUAUUCGUUCCCAUUGCCGUGAUCCUUGCCAAGGAACUUGUGGUAUUGGUGCAGAAUGUGAAACUGUUAAUCACAUUCCACUAUGUUCAUGUCCCAAAGGAACAAGAGGAAACGCUUUUGAAAAGUGUGAAUUCAUUACAACCGCACCACCAUGUACACCAUCUCCUUGUGGUCCUGGUGCACUAUGCUCCGUCGCGGGUGAUAGAGCCGUGUGUUCAUGUCCAAGUGGCACCAGUGGGGACGCUUCCUCAUCAGGGUGUCGUCCAGAAUGUGUCGUUAGUUCUGAGUGUCCACGAAGCCGAGCCUGCAUACGUAAUAAGUGUAUUGAUCCCUGCGUCGGUGCCUGUGGAAAUGGCGCAGUAUGUCGAGUGUUUGACCAUGCACCUAUAUGCUCCUGCCCGCCCUCGACCUCUGGGGACCCAUUCUUAAAUUGUAGAAAAAAAGAUAUACCAACGACGAGUCCUACUGUUUACGAUCCAUGUGAUCCCAACCCCUGUGGACCUCAUGGAACCUGUCAUGAUGGUUCCUGCAAAUAUCCUGAAUGUAUUACAAAUGAUGAUUGCCCCGGCGACAGAUCUUGUCUGAAUAGAAAGUGUUCUGAUCCUUGUAUCAAUGCGUGUGGUAUCAACGCUAUAUGUACAGGAGUAAGACAUUCUGCAGUGUGUUCAUGUCCCUUAGGAUAUACCGGAUAUCCAUUUGUUCACUGUGAGCAAAUUACAUCAAUUGCAACAAGGCCUCCUACUCCUGAAUGUGUUCGUGAUGAUGAUUGCGCGGAUAGUUCAGCCUGUGUAGAAAAUAAAUGUACACUAGCCUGUGGACCCCUAGCUUGUGGUUUGAAUGCUCGAUGUGUGGCCAAACAACAUAGAGCUAGAUGUGCAUGUCUACCGGGCUAUGAAGGAGACGCACAUAUUGGAUGCUACUCGGUUCAAUGUCACAGCAACAACGAUUGUCCAGAUGAUGAGAGCUGUGAAGGCAACUCCUGUAUAAAAGUAUGCUCACGUAUACGAUGCGGUGUUGAAGCACAUUGUUACGCUCGUGGUCAUGUAGCUUCUUGUGAAUGUGACUCGGGAACACGUGGCGAUCCAUGGACAAUUUGUCACAAAGAAGAAUGUCAAAACGAUGAAGAUUGUCCACUGUCUUUAGCGUGUAGAGGCAAAACAUGCCAGGAUCCAUGUCCAGGAGCGUGCGCUUCUCAUGCGCUAUGUAGUGUCAUACGCCAUAUACCUACUUGCGAAUGUCCACGAGGUACACAAGGAAAUCCUCGAAUCGAUUGCAAACUAGUUAAAGACCAGAAUGAAUGUGAAAGUGAUGCUGAAUGUGGCCCCGGACUUGCCUGUCUUCAAGGAAUCUGUAAAAACCCAUGUGACAAAACUUCCUGUGGAGUUGGUGCAAUUUGUAGAGUUGCAAAUACGUUACCGUUCCGCACCCUCGUAUGUGAAUGCCCACGGCCUUUAAUCGGCGAUGCUUCCGUACUCUGUCAGCCUAAAGGCCAAUGUAGUGCAGACACUGAAUGCGGUGACGAGGAAAGAUGUGUAGCAGGCGUAUGCCGUAAUGUGUGUACACCAGAUACUUGUGGAGCAGGCGCUGAGUGCCGUGUCAGCGGUCGACAAGCGUCCUGCGUAUGCGUGCCACCACUUCAAGGAGAUCCUAAUGUUGCUUGUACACCAAGAACAUCGGGAGAGAUCUGUUUAUCUGACGCCAGCUGUGGAGCCGCAGAGGCAUGUAUGCAGCAGCGCUGUGUACCUGCUUGUGCAGGUGCCUGCGGAUCCGGAGCACUGUGUGAAGCCAUCAACCAUCGCGCCUUCUGCCGCUGUCCACCUUCUACGGCUGGUGACCCAGCGAUAGCAUGCUACACACCGGAAUGUAGUUCGGAUGAAAACUGUCCCUUCGAUAAGGCUUGCCGAAAUGGAUACUGUCGGGACGCGUGCUCUUAUAACGGUCCCUGUGGACGAGAUGCCAUCUGUGAAGUAGUCGCUCAUGUGGCCUCAUGCCGCUGUCCACCUGGCACGCAGGGUGACCCUCGUCGCGCGUGCGUCUCUGCAGUUUGUCAAUAUAACGAUGAUUGCAAUGAUAACCAAAUAUGUGACCGUCUUAACCGUGUCUGUCAACCGGCCUGUUCCGAUGCAAGCUGUGCACCUGGAGCUACUUGUACUGCUAAACUUCACCAACCAAUAUGCACCUGUCCACCAGGGUACAGUGGAGAUCCUUAUUCACGUGGUUGCUCGACCGUACAAUUCACAGACGAAUGCGUUAAUGAUUCCGACUGUCCUCGACCACUUGGCUGCGUGAACGCAAAAUGUGUAGACCUAUGUCAGUUUAAUCCUUGUGAUACAGGCCUUAUUUGUAAGACAGUAGAUAUAUUACCACUACGCGCAGUCGCUUGUGUUUGUCCAGAAGAAGGUCGCAUUGCCCCUGAUAAAGGUUGUCGACCUCCUCCCGAAGCAGAAUGCUCUGCUGAUAUAGACUGUUCUAGUAUUGAAACUUGCCGCAGAGGAAAAUGUAUAGAAGCCUGCAAAGCUGCGCCAUGUGGCCACAACGCUCUGUGCGAAGCUGUUGAUCAUGUAUCUCGAUGUACUUGUCCACCGGGAUAUCUUGGAAAUCCAAGAAUUGAGUGCAAUACAGAAGCGAGACAACCAUCUAUUUUCGAAUGUUACAAAGAUGACGAAUGUGGACCAGAACAGGCUUGCUAUAAGCGCGCUUGUAUAAACCCAUGCUUAAAUUCUUGUGGUCCGGGUGCAUUGUGCCGAGUUAUUAAUCACAAACAUCAAUGUUCUUGUCCAAAUGGUUACACAGGGGAUGCAAAUGUAAAAUGUACACCUCCGACAGAAGAUAAAUCUGUAUUACCAGUUGGUUGCAAAUCAAAUUCCGACUGCCCACUAACGCAGGCGUGUAUAAAUGGUGCGUGCGCUAAUCCUUGCGUCUGUGGAUCUAACGCUGAGUGUACAGUAGUGAGACACCAUCCUGUUUGUUACUGUCAACGUGACCACUCAGGAAAUCCUUAUGAAGGAUGUACUAAAGUUGAAUGUGCAUCUGACUCCGAAUGUCGUGAUAGCGAUAUGUGCUUCAACGGGGCCUGUGUCAGUCCUUGUAUAGUAGAAGCUCCAUGUGCAAUAAGCGCGGAGUGUUAUGGAGAAAAUCAUCGAUCUCAAUGUCGCUGUCCCGUUGGAACGAUUGGUAACCCUUACAACAAAUGCCAAGCUCCUGACUGUGAAUUUAAUUCAGAUUGCAAUGACGACAGUGUGUGCCUCAAAGGAAUUUGCCAACAUGCUUGUUCUGCAGACGGUCACAACCCGUGUGCUAACAAUGCUAAUUGUUUCGCCAGAAAUCAUGUUGCAGCGUGUAAAUGUCCAUCUGCUCUCCCUAAUGGUGACCCGUUAUCAUUCUGUGAAAAGACCGUAGUCCUUGGUGAACCAGAAUGUCGAUAUGACAGCGACUGUCCGAGUGGUCAAGCUUGCCUGAGAGAUGAAUGUCGAGAUGCUUGUAAAGAACUCAACCCAUGUGCUAGUGGUGCUCGUUGCACAGUUUCUGAUAGCGUUCCCUUCCGAACACUGAUUUGUCGAUGCCCAGAAGGCUAUAUACCGGACGAAAAAGGCUCGUGUAAACCAGCGACAUUACCACCUUCAAGUUGCUCUUCAGACAAUGAUUGCGCAGAUCAGGACUCUUGUAUUAACAGAAAAUGUAGAAAUCCAUGCAAUUGUGGUGAAAAUGCAGAAUGUUUUACUAGUAAUCAUAGACCUGUUUGUUCUUGCCGAGAUGGUUUUGACGGCAAUCCAUAUCAACAAUGUCGCAUAGUUGGGUGCCGUUCGAAUUCAGAAUGUGAAUCUCAUCAAGCGUGUAUUAACGGCAACUGUGUGAGUCCGUGUCUGUUAAAUAGUACAUGUGGACCAAACGCAGAAUGUUUUGUUGAAAGAUCUCGACCACUAUGCCGUUGUCGUUCUGGAUUUGAAGGCGACGCCUACUCUGGCUGCAAUGUUAUUGAAUGUAGAUCAAAUGGCGAUUGCCCUGAAGAUAAACAAUGUAGGGCUCAUAAAUGCAUAAACCCCUGCUUAUCUGGAAACCCUUGCGGAAGUAAUGCCGAAUGCUUGGUUCGUAAUUAUAUUGCCAUAUGUAAAUGUAAGCAGGGAUACUCUGGUAGUCCAUAUAUUCAAUGCAGACCACAGUUCACUGCAGACUGCUACGUGGACGCUGAUUGUCCAACUAAAUUAGCUUGUUUAUCAGGUAAAUGUGUUAAUCCCUGUACAGAACUCCGGCCAUGUAAAAAUCCUGCACAGUGUGAAGUAUCAAAUACGCUACCAGUUCGAACAAUGAUUUGUUCUUGUCCACCUGGAUAUAUAAGUAGCGGAGGAGGCGUAUGCCGACCCGCUUUGCCAAUAGAAGAGGUAGCCUGUGAAAUUGAUACCGAUUGUUCGACAAAUCAUGCUUGUAUAUCAUCAGUUUGCAGAAACCCAUGUGAUUGUGGUCCUAAUACCGAUUGUUUAAUAAAAGAUCACAAGCCGGUCUGCGCCUGCAGACCAGGUUUUAUGGGUGAUCCCCACACUGGCUGCUAUAAUAUCUUGUGCCAGUCCGAUGACCAAUGCGCCAAUGAUGAAACUUGUGUCAACGGUAGAUGCGUACCAGCUUGCUCACUUGAAGUAGAUAUGUGUGGUAAGUCUGCGGAAUGUUACGGAAUUGAUCACCGAGCAUCGUGCCGUUGCCUAAUUGGGACAAUCGGUAACCCAACUGUAGCAUGUACACCCAUCGGAUGUCGCUCCAACUCAGACUGUCCGGAUGAUAAAUCUUGUAUCAACUUAAAAUGUGUUCAACCUUGUAAUAUUACAAAUUGUAACAAACCAGCGGAAUGUCGAGUGCAUCUCCAUGAAGCUUAUUGUGUUUGUCCUCCUGGGUUCGAAAGUACCGUAGAUGGCUGUAACAAGACCGAGUCGAUCUGUAGAAGUGACUUUGAUUGUCCGCCAGCUAUAGCUUGUUUGAAUAAGAAAUGUGUCAAUCCCUGCUUGGAAGGAAAUCCCUGUGGAAGCAACGCAGAUUGUAACGUUUUAGACACUUUACCAGUAAAAACAGUGACAUGUGAAUGUAAACCUGGUUACAGAGGAAAUGCGCUUGUAAACUGUACACCAUACAGACCGCCUACCUUAGCGUGUGAAGAUGGCGAAGGAGUAAAUGAAUUCGGUGAGUGCGUACCGUGCGAAGCGAGUGACGGUCGUGUAGUAGAUGCUCGUGGAAGAUGUGUAUGUGAUGCAGAACGAGGAUUCAUAGCCCGGGGGGAGAAAUGCGAGCCCGCUGGCUGCCGAGCGGACGAUCAAUGUGAUGACACCUCGCGAUGCAUUAAUGGCAAAUGUAUACCUGCAUGUGAGGCUGAACCUUGCGGCUUACACGCGACCUGCGAAGCCACAGGACACCGCUCACGAUGCACAUGUAUCACUGGUUAUGUUGGAAAUCCAAGAGUUCAUUGUAAUCAAUCCAACAUCAAUUACCGUACUGACUUCCCACUACCAGAUAUGCAGGUUCAUUGUCUAGCAAAUGGUGUAAGCAUGUCGCCUGGUUGUACACAUACUAGUGAAAAUCAAGAAAGACCAGUCGAUUUCACCGUGUAUUUCGGUGAUUGUGGAUUAGUUCAUGUCAACGGUCUUGCAAGCUUCGUGCUAGUUAUGCAGAAACAUCCCAAACUCGUCACAUCAAACGCUAAAGCUUUCCAUAUAAAAUGUAUCUACCAAACCGGUGAACAAAAUGUGACACUUGCCUUCAAUGUGUCUAUGUUAACAACAGCCGGUACUAUAGCUAACACCGGCCCGCCGCCAACCUGUUCGAUGAGAAUCGUUUCGAGAACCGGCGAUGAAGUGAGCUCAGCUGAAAUUGGAGAGAACUUAGUGCUUCAAGUUGAUGUUCAACCUUCGAGUAUCUAUGGUGGUUUUGCCCGUAGCUGUAUAGCAAAAACUAGCGAAGUUGCGACGAACAUAGAAAACGAGUACACCGUAACAGACGAGGACGGAUGCGCGACAGACGCGGCGAUAUUUGGAGAAUGGGAGCGAAGCGAAGAUGGUAGUGCAUUACGUGCUGCCUUCAACGCCUUCAAGUUCCCCAGCAGCGACAAUAUUCGAUUCCAAUGUAAUAUACGAGUAUGUUUUGGAAAAUGUCAACCGGUUAAUUGUCGCGGUUCUGACGCUUUCGGCAAGCGACGAAAGCGAGAAGCGAUCGAUGGAGAUAGCCCCUUGGCGGGUCAACUUCGAGAGGAGGUGACUGUCGAAUCGAACCAGAUUCUGACACUCGAAAGACGCGAUCCAUCGAGGGCAGCUCGACAACGAGAUGGUUCAGGAGACGCGAAUACAACAGGUGGCGCCGGUGACGUGUGUGUGUCAGCGGCGGGGCUGGCCGUGGCGCUCGCACUGACGGCUCUCUUGGCGCUCGUAGCGGUGGCGGCGGCUGUCGCGUGCUGGUUGGUGGCGUGGCGCCGCGCGCGCCCCCUGCCGGCCCCGCUGCCCCACCCGCCCGACUUCCCCAACCCCUUGUUCCAGCGUUAG